UGCGGGAAUAUGGGUUUUCAUCAUGAAAACUCGACUUAGAUAUUUUGCAGACGCAACGGAUGUACACAAUUGUUGGUAAAAAUGUGUGACCAAUGUAGCGAAGUUUUGGUUCUCAUAAAUAACCGUAAGUAAAUUCAUUUGAUAUAUAAGUGCUUUUGUAUUAUUACCCGGUGUGUGAGGGGAAGAAGUUUAAGGGGGUGGGGGCUACAUAAACAAACUAAGACUAAAGUAAGACAUCUAAUGAAAUUUUAACUAAGAACCGACCAAGUCGCCUCAAGUAACAUUAACAUUAAAUCUGAAACUAAAAAUUAAAACUUAAAUGGUAAAAGAAGCUUAGACUUAGAGAUACAAGACAAGCUAUUUAGGAGUAUGAAUCUAUGAAUUUAGUAUCCUUGUCAAAUGUUGUGUUAGACCAAAGCCAAAGGCCAAGGACUACUAAAAUUCAUAUAAAUUAUAAACUUGUCUUGUAUCUGGAUUUCACAUUUCUGGAAAUGGAAAGCUCAAAUCAAAUUAAUAAUACUAAUAAUGAUGGUGAGUAUAUGUGAUUCCAAUUGUUCACUUAUUGUUAAAUCAAAGCAAUUUUUAAUUUUAUACUUUAAUUUGGGUAUUUGACGAGACUGUAGAACUGAGUAUAGAAAAAGUCGAGGCUAAUGUCCAUGCAUGGUGCACUACUUUGAAUUUCUGUGUAGGAUUCUCUCCCUGUCAUCUUUUGUUUAUUCUUGGAUUGUUACUAGAGUUGACUGUACAUUUCAUGUUUUCGCCCUAUUCCACCAUGGCCGCCAUCUUCAUUGUUAUGACGGCAAGUGUCAUGAUUACCAAGAUGGUGGCAGUGUAAAAAUAGAAAUAUUGCAAACAUGUCCGCUAAAAUGGUGAGGGGAAAGAGAGUGAAUUUGCUGAUUUAGCUACUUACCAAGGAACGAAAAUAGGAAGAAAAACAUUAUAAAUUUAAUGUUCGCCCCCUUUCCUGGUGUAAUUUUAGCCAGUACAUUAAUUUCGAUAAUUUCGUGGCAAACAUAGCGACUUUAUUGUAUCCCUCUAGAUCAGUGGUUGGCAAAUCACGGCUAUUGCGACCUGAGUGAGGUUCGAUUGAAGAUAAUUGUCAAAAAAAUAUUUAAUUAAUUUUUAACAUUUGUCCUUAUUUUGGUUUCUCUUGGUUAGCAGCUAAAACAACACAUUAUCUCUCUUUCCCCUUCCCAUUCUAGCAGACGAUUGUUUGCACUACUUUUUUCUUUUUUUUUUUUUACAUGGCCACCAUCUUGGUUACCUUUACUCGUCUGCCAUUAUGGCAAACAAGAUGAUGGCAGUGGGAAAUAAUUGAUGGCAAACAUGAAUUUACCAAAGUCUAGUAGUAAGUUACUAGGUCUAUAUUUACAUUUGUAUAUCAACUAGGGCCACAAAGGAAACUGGAAAAAUCAAACAUCUUUUUUAAGCUAUUCCUAAAUUUAACUGGCUAUUUUAAAUUCUAAAUAACCGUUGGCGUAGGCCUCAACAGUGAACUUGUGUUAGUAGUUACUGGUACUAGUCAGUAAUAGUCACUAUUAGUAAGAAGUGCUACUUGACGAGGGGAGAAUCCUCGAUAUUAAAGUUAUUUAUUUUAUGAAAGUAGUCCAGAUUUGAGUGUGAAAAGUGUCUGAAAGGCAUUUGAAUUUGUGUGAGCAACAGGGAUGAGUGUAAGUCAAGCCUGCACAACUCAAAAUGUAAGGCAGACCGUAAUACUUUAUGAAAAAUUUGUGCCGGCCGAAAGAAAAUAGAACAGUUGGAAAAGCUAUUAAUAAUUUAGAAAAUAAUGGUUGCAAAAAAGAAUAUUUCGUUACUUCACACGCCGCAUGUUGUGCAGGCCUUUUGUAAGUAGUGCAGGAGAGAGCAUGUGUGAGUAUGAAGGCUCAACAUGGCUAUGUUGACAGUGAUUGUGAUCCUUUUUGUCUAUGUAGUUCUCUGGCUAUGCUUUUUAGAGGAACUCUGAUAACUAAUGGGAAAACUUGUGUUAGAUUAGAAUUAAGUCUUCGUGUAAUAAAAGUUUUAUAACUAAUAAUUAGAAAGGAUUUUGUGUCAAUGUGUUAUUGUGUAUGAGGGUAAGAGCUUCAUGUCAUACCCUAGGCCAGUGGUUCUCAACCUAUUGUACAGAUACCCCUUGGGGAUAUGUAAAAUUAUAUUGAUAUAGGAGGAAAAUGACCAAAAAGAUUUUUUACACUUGUUCAUUUUCAAGAAGCUAUAUUUCAUCUAAUCUAAUGAAAGUAGUAAAUUCAUACAGUUUGGCUUCUCUUCAUGCAGCACUGUCUAUUCUGCACUGUUUGUUUCCCUUUAAACUCAUAAUCCAAUAAGAUUUAAAACUUAUUAUUGAUUUGAAAACCAGAUUUUAAUUAUGUUCAAUGUCCAAAAGUUUCUCACUGCAGUUCACAUUGACAUUGAAUAUUUCUAAAAAGCAUUUCAUUUAUUGUUUAAAAUAAAAGGCUAUUUCUUUCCCUGUUUCACACUAAUACCUAUAACCACUGGUUUGUGACAUGAACUUCCCAGUGCAUCAUUCAUAUUUGCAUUAUGUACACAAAGGGUGUACUUAAAAUCAUCAAAUAGUUAUAUAGACACAAUCACACAAACGUCAACCAGGAAUUUUUGUAGGAUUCCAAAGUGGCAGCCAUAAAAAAAAUAUAAUUGAACAGUUUACUUAUUUUGGGAGUAAACAUUUUUCAUUAAAAAACUUUAUUAGAACUAUAUUCUAUCAUACAGAUCUAUUAUUUUAGGACUUGUAAAGAGAGUAUUGCAGUAUGGAAAUCUAAAUUGGUUUGAUAUCCUUAAACUCAAUCACAUAUAUUGUCCUGUUUUGGGUUGGGAGAAAUUGUCAUAUCCACCACCCAAAUUAUAGCCGUAAUAUAGUCAUUAAGAAAAUGAUCCAAUUGGAUGUUUUCAUUCCAUUUCUUCUCCACUGUUGGAAUGAUGAAAAUUGCAUACUGUACAAGCUAAAUUUUACUAAAUAAUAAAUAAAAAAAACUUUCACUCACUGUAUGGUUUUAGAUUUUGUUGGAAUUACUGUUUGAAAUUUAUCUGCAUAGGAGAAAAUGCUGAUUUUUAAAAAUAAUUCUUAUAACACUAUCCAAAUUGCUUUUGAAGCACUUGAAAGACGAUAAAGCGCUGACAGGCUUAAGAAUUACAAUCAACACAAUUUUAUUAAAAUUAGCAAGCAAAAGCAACAAGCAAGUUGGCACCACUGUUUCAGGGUUCUCUCUGAAUUGUGAUUAUUGCUCUGCAUGAAAGUGAAUGAGUUAUUAAAUAAUUAACAGCUCACUACUUACAUUUUUAAAAAAUCACAGAUCACACUAUAUUUUACAGAUCACAGUCGCCACGUGUCAGGUGGCUCAUCACAACUGACAAGAUCUGAAGUGGAAACUUUCAUUAGAUAUGCCAUUUCUUGGAAUAACAAGUAAGUGCUUUCAAUAUGUCCUGAAAUUAUUUUACAAUUUGCACAAUAUUUUGUUCCCCCUUUCCCUUCCAAUUUUGAUUUACUCCUGCCAUUAGUAAAUCUGUUGAAUUUUUUUCCACAAUUUUAGAAGAUGCCUGUGCAUAUACAAGGACUUCAAAAAUUUUGACAAGCUUACCAACCUAGUUCAAGUAAUCCUUAACAUGGGAAUGGAGCUAAUACAGUCCUUGCCUGAAAUACUUCCUCACAAACUUAAAGCCAAAGUUGCGGAAGCUGCCAGAAAAGAACGGACACAGUCCCAGUCUUCUGUUCAUGAAGACGUAGCUAGGAGAAGCAGUGAGUCUGCCAGUGAUGAGACUAAAGCUGGGGAUGAUGAGGCUAAAGAUGAAUCUUUGCUAGACCUUGAUGUUGAUAACAUUUGGAGUGAGUGGAGCAUCGAAGAACUGAAGCGCAUGCUGGAUUUUCAGACCCAGCUGUUUCUUUCCAACUUUGCUGUUUAUGUGGCACAUAAAGUGAUGACAGCUCACAAUAUGGAGGUACAGUAUUUUAAAUUAUUUUUAGUUUUAAUGAUGCUUGUGUGUUUUAAUUCUAUCAAAUACAUAAGCAAGACAAGCAAAAGCAAGAUAAUAUCUAUUCUUGUACAAUAUGCAUCUAAAUUUGAAGUAAACAUUUAUCUUAAGUUGUCAAGUCAAUAUUAUGUCUUUGUUUUUUUUAGGUGAAUGCUAAAGUAUUAUCGUUGUUUUAAUUAAUUGAAAUAGUUCAAAUUGAACCGCUAUAUACUUCAGCUUGACUAAAUGCCCACAUGAAAGAGCCUUGUUUAUUAUAUAGUCAUGAUAUUGAUAUAUUCAUUAUUAUUUUGUAUAGCUAGUUUAUUUUAAUGUCUUGAAAUUUAACUUACAGGAAUUGUCUUCAGCUGAGACCACAGCCUUACAUAACUAUUGUGAGAUUAAUGUAAGUGGUUUAAAGAAAAUUUUUAUUCAUCUAAAAUUUAAAUACAAUUAUUUGCUUGACAGAUUGGGGUUCUUGUCAUAUUUGCUAAGGGAGUGGUUUGAAGUCUUUGAUGAUUAAAUAAUGUUUUGCUUCUUUCAAAACUAAAGUACACAUGUUAACAACUUGAAUAAGGUGUUUGGGUGGUCGAGUUAGAGAGAUAAGGAUUAGCAUCACAUUGCCAGAACCAUUUGCAUGUCUUCUCUCAAAAAAAAAAAAAAAAAAUUUAAAAAUCAAAGCAGGAGAAAACAAAAAAAAAUCCUUGUGUGGCUGAUAACAAAAAAAUAUUUAAGAAAAAUUCAAAAACGUGAAUGUAAAAAAAAAAAAAAAGAAAAAAAAACUUUAAAAAGGUGUUUGGGUGGUCGAAUUAAAAAAAAAAGGAUUAGAAACACAUUGCCAAAACCAUUUGCAUGUCUUCUCUAAAAAAAAAAAAAAAAAAAUUUAAAAAUCAGAGCAGGAGAAAACCAAGAAAAAUCCUUGUGUGGCUGAUAACAAAAAAAUAUUUAAGCAAAAUGCAAAAACGUGCAUGUAAAAAAAAAAAAAAAUGCAACUACCUUAUUACAUCCUUUUUUGAAAUAUUUUUCCAGGAUAUGGAUGCACCGUUGUUACUUCUUCGAAACAUCUGUUUCUUCAUUGACAGUAAUGGAGUUGGGGCAAUGAUUCAAUGUUUUGAGAAGGCCAACAACAAAAAUGUUCCUCUCAUUUUUGCUCACACUCUUAUCACUAUAAUACAAAAUGUGAGUGGGUGUUCUGACAGUUAUGUCCAUAGAAUUUUAAGUAUACAUCAAUGGUAAUUUUCUGCAUUUUAAAUAACAACCUUGUAGAAAUUGAUAUUUCAUAGACUAUCAUCUUCUUACAUUCCCAGCUGAGGAUGUGGGUAAACACUCCUACGAUAAUGACAUGCAUCCUGCCUCUUCGAUCCCCUAUCAUACGCUAUAUGUGUACACUGUCAGAGGCUGAUAUGAGAGCUGCUGCUGCUCACAACACAAUGGAGCUCAUGUGGCAAGCCAUCAAAGAACCUGUUGACUCACAGAUGACUUUUGAUCGAGAGGUUAUGGCGCUUGUAUACAAAUGUUUUACCAGCACCACAUUGACUAUCCGUUUAGGGAGCAUUUGUCAAAUUAGUGUAAGUUUUAUAAAUUAAAAUUUUCUCUUGUAUUUUAAUAAUUAACAUUUGCUUUUAAAAUGUUCUCCAUCAGUCUUGAAACCUAAAAAAAUUAUUCAAUUUAAUAAAAACUUGAAUAAAUAUGCUUAUUACUUGUAAGGAUAGUUUUUUGUACAUAAAUUUAAUGCUUAAUUUUACCAAACAUUUUUUCUUAUCCUGUAGACUCUGAUCAAUACUUACAAUGAUAAUAUCACAAAUGAGUCGAUGAUUGAUGUGGAAAAGUAAGUUUUAAUUUACUAAAUCAAGCAUAUAUUUUAAAAUUGCUAGUUGAUUUUUAUUUUGUAUUUUUCUUUUCCUGCAUUGGGAUUUUUUUGUAAUUUCAAAUGGAUAGCUUACAAAAAGAAUAUACAUAUGAUUGAGAUGAUGACUCUAAUGUGCCUAGUCCUAAAAUAAUCCUUCUAAGUAUGAGUAAAUAGUAUAAGUUCUUUUCGUGCCAUCCAUUUUAUUGAGCAGGCACUAAUUCUUAAUUUUGUCCUUUUAUAUCUCACAGUUUUGGAGAAGAAAUGGCAAGAUGGUUGCUAGAGAAUAAAAUAGUGGAACAAAUAUUUGGACCAAACUUACAUAUAGAGGUUUGUUGUCAAUGAUACAAUUUACCUAAAAAUUUCCUCUUGAUAUCUUUGAAUAGAACUGAUUUGACAUAAGUUUGAAUUAAUAGGUAUUUUCUUUAUGUAUUUUAUUUGACUUCAGUUGUUGGUGGCAGACAACAUUACUUUAGUAUAACAUAUCCAUGUUAUAUAUAUAUUUAGUACUGAGAAUGAGAACCUUACUUUAUAUUUCAGAUCAUCAAACAAAGUCAGAUAAUUCUGAACUUUUUAGGAGCUGAGGGCAAAAUCAACAAUCAACAUUUGGAUUGCAUUUGGGCAGCAGCACAGGUAUGUUAUUGAUUGGUCUUCUCUAUCUUUAUGUUAAUAUGUUAACAGCACAUGUAUUUUAUGGAUUGGUGUCUAUUCCAUUGUCAUGCUAAUAUCUGAUUAUUUUCUAUUACUUUACAAUGUUAACAAAUAAAGAAAAGUUUCUCAUUUUUUCUGAAGUCUAAUUUCUUUUAAUCACUUGCACAAUUAUAUUUAAAUUGAAAGUGUAAUUACCAGUUACUUUCAGACAUUAUAAACUCUUAAAAGUAUCAAUGCCCAUGCAAGAAUAUUGCUAACUUUAUAAAAAUUUGUAUCCCUUCAGUUGAAGCACUGUGGUAAACAAGUUUAUGAAGUUUUGCUUCCUCUCAUUAAGUCAGUUGAACCAGAGCAGAACCGUCAUUUACGCCACUUGAUUGACAAGCUAGAUCCUGGUAGCUUUAAUGAAUCUGUAAGAAACUUUUAAUUGAAUUAAUCAUUUUUAGUCAACACUUUUAGGAAGUUGUUUGAAAGUAGGUAAAAAUAAGGCUUGAUAAUUGAUUACCUUGACUAGUAUAUUUUAGGCAGUGGUCAUGUUGCGGCACUUUUCUUUCUUAAAGGUGCUGUGUCUUUCAUCAAUUCUGACUCGCAGCCAGUGGCAAGCUUUUCAGGCUGAAGAAAUUCAGAAACGUAAACUUGCUUCUACAGCAGCUGUAACUGGGACAAGACGUGAGUUUUAUUUAGGUUUUUAAAAAUAGUUCUUGAUUUUUCUCUAGUGUGUUCACUGUUUUCUUAAAACAUCAAACUUUUUAGGCCUUUUGACUUUUAUGAUUAUUUAAGUUAAUCUAUAAUGGUGGAUUUUUAUUGUAAAUUUGCAUAUUGUUUUGCAUACCAGGAGCUGUUAAAACAUCAGCUGAUCAUAUGAGUAGUAGUGAGAGUGAGUCUGAUGAAGGCGGCGUUCCUCCAUCAAAGAUUCAAAGGGUGAAUAUUUAAUUUAUUAGGAUUUCAUGCGACAGAGGAUUUUUAUUUAAAGAAACAUUGAUAACUAUGUCUUUCAUAUAUUUUAAAAAUGAACGAUUAUCAUUUAUGUAAUCAAGAUGGAUAUUAAAGACCAUUCACUUCUUAUCUCUCUUGAUUACUAAAAUUUCAACAAUGACAAUCAUCUUCAUUGAGAAAUUUCUUCCAAGUGUCUCAUCAAAAUAUUCCAGCGAAUUCCAGACGUCAGUGCUGUAGCUGAUGAGCUUGUAGGGACCUUGGGAACUGAAGAUGGUAUAUGCUGUGGGGGUUGUGUACCUCGACAUACUAUCCAUCAUCUACCUCAGUCCCACCACCACCACCAACAGCACCAUCACCGCCAUGUCCACCACCAUCAUGGUCAAAGGCAGCAGCAUUUAAAUCUCCAUCACAGUGGUGUGGGCUCAGACAGUUCUAUGGAAGGUGAAUUUGAUUAGAAUUCAUUUUAAUACAGCCAUCAAAUGUCAUAAGUUAAAGCUGUGCAUAAAAUUAUAUUUAGUGGCAGAUCCAUAGAAACAUGAAAUAUUACUUUAAAUACCAUUAAAGUUAUAAAUAUUCGUUCAACUCAAAAAUUGCUUUCUAGGUCUGAGCAAACAAUUUUCUAAAAUUACUUACGAUUUUUUAGAAAAGUAUGAACUUUAAAAAAAUAAGUGUGUGUGUCGCAUUACAAAAAGUUAACUAUACAUUUUCUAUUUGAUUGCAGCUAAUACAAUUAUUUAUUGUUGUUAUUAAAAACAUAAUAUUUUAUUUCAUAUCAGGUCAGUCAGAUUUGAGUUUUGAAGAUGAUGAAGAAGAAGAGAACCCAAAGUUGAGGGCGGUAGUCCAGAGUGUCAUGGCGAGAAAUGCUCCCAAACCUGGAGAUGUGGAUGAUGGCUGUGAGUCUAGUGAAGAAGAUGGAGGGGCGGAUGUGGUGGUGAACAAAGAAGGAAUCCCCUUACCUAGAUCUGUAAGAGAAAGGAUGGCUAGAAAAUCAGAUGGAUUUGGCAGAAAGCCUGAAGUGAAUGAGGUAGAGGUUGAUGCUUUAGUCGGUGUGGUUAGCACAGCUACUGAUGAGGAGGAGGAAGAUGAGGAGGAAGAUGAGGAUGAGGAAGUAAGCUCGGAUAGUGAUGGGCACCAAGAACACCACAACAAAGAGCAAGAGAGACAACUGCAGAUGGAAGCUGAGAAAGCUAUUCGUCAACAGAGGCUUACAAGACAGCUGAUGGCAUCUGGGUCUGAGGAUCAGUCCUUGGUGGAGGUGCAUGAAGUAGAUGAAGAUGAUGAAGAGGAGGAGGAUGAUGAGGAAGAGGAUGAAGAAGAAGAAAUGGAAGAUGCCAAAGGGGUAUUACCUGCUAAGGUAUGAUAAAUCUUGUCAAUUUUUUUAAAGAUAACAAGAGCGUUAUGGGUGAAAAAUUUAAACCUCUUUAUUAAACUAGCUACAUUGAAGGAAUGCAUAGUUAAAUUAUCAAAAUUGACCAUCCAAAUUUCUUGGACUGUCAUAAACAACAAUCCAUCUCAAGAAAGUGAAACCCUUCAUUCAACUCAGGAAAGCAGCCUGCAGUGUUUCAAUGUUUUCUUUAUUCAAACCUUAAAGGGGGUGCAAGGUGAGAAAUCUGCAAAAGCUAUAUAAAGUUUGAGUAUUUCUGGGUUUUGAUAUAUUUGGUUCCUAGAGUUAAUUUUGUUUUUUAAUAACUUAAAAAAAUUAUUUUAAAAAUGUUAGUAAAUAUUGUAAAAUUUUAUUUUUCUAACCCUAUAAAUGGGUAUAAAGUCAUUUUUGACAAAAAAUAGUGUUUUAACCAAUUUCGAUUGUGUACUUAGAAUCACUCAACCACCUUGUAUUUUGUAUUAAUACACAGCUGGAUUUUUACAGAUUUAGAUAAAUAAAUAUAGUUUCCUGGCAUAGCGACAGUUACAGAACCCUCUAUAGGCUUUGAAUAAUUUUCAAAAUGGUGUUUUCCUGACCUACCUAUAGGGUCUUAUUCACUAUGGUUAGACCCAACAUGCAAAUUUUAUUUUAAAUCACAAAAGAUGUCGCUUAAAAAAUUUAGAUUUUCACAUGCACCUCUGCUUAUUACAAAGUUUUGGGGUUAUGCAAAUCUGUUUUUUAAUUAUUUAUUCUCAAUUUUCAUUCAUAAGAGUAUUUUGUGACAGACCUUUGUUCUUGAUUAACAUAUUUGAUGCCUUAUUCAUUGCCCUAAUCAAACAUAGCGAACUCCAAAAAUAAAUUUUCUAGGCCCCUGUUCAUGGCAAGAGCGAUGAGAAACACAACAGCAGUAUGAGUGAUGAGGAAUGGCAGGCUAUACAUGGACUACAUGCUCAUGCUGCUGUAAGAGGUCAUGGUCACCACCAUAUAAUGCUAGAGGAGGAAGAGGAGGCUCUCAUGAGAAAUCUUUCAUCAAAGGAUCUCAAACCAGGGUUUGUUAUUUGUCGUAUGCUAAAGUAUUUUGAUUAAGGUUCAAACGAGAUAAGUAGUAUUUGAUAACAAAUGUAUUCAUAAAACUAUUAAAAUUAUUUGUGAGAAAUUACAUUUUUUGUUUUGUGGUCCAACGUAUUUUAUCCCAGAGGCAAUAUAGAUAUUUAUUGCAAGUUUUAAUAUCAUAAUAAUUUUAAUAACAUCUUGUAUUAUUAAAAAUAACACAGGAAAAAUUUAACAAAAAGGGUUUGUAUGAGCCCAUGCUUUAAAAAUGUUUUAGCAAACCAUAUUUGACACAGGACAGGGUUUGAUCUGACCUGAUUUUUUAUCAGCUAUGCAUCUGAUAUCCAGUGUUUAUGAUGAGAGUACAUGUAAAAUAUGAACCUUAGUGAUCUGUAUAGGGAUGUGUUUUGGUAGUACACAAAAGAAUGGGGCAUAUGUUUUACAAACUUUUUCAUUACUCAGCACCUAUGGACUCAGUAUCCUCAGUCCUGAUGAUGAUGAAGGAAGUUGUCACAGCUCUCGCAUUAGCAACAAGUCUGAGAAAAACAUGGCAGAUUUUGAUGGAGAAGAAGGAUUGAGUGAAGAAGAGUUAGCUCAGAUUAAUGCUCAUGUAAGAUUUAAUGCUCAUCAAGCAAGCCCACAUAUGACAGCUCUCUACCAUCCACAUAGAGGUGGGUUUUCAGCUUCUUGUAACUUUUCUUAUUUUUGUUUGCUAGAGCAUAAUGCAGAUGUAUAUCGAUUUUAGGGAAAUAGUUCAAGAGCUUUAAUAUUCAAAUUAUAUAAUUAUUCUGUAAUACUAUUUAGAAACCAUGACAAUGGUAUUUCAUGUAUUUUAGGGUGUAAUUAUUUUGUAUUGCAGGUCAUGGAGUGCGGAGACCAAGGCUCAAGCUUAAAAGUCCAGCUUCAGAUUUUUGUUUAAAUGAUGUCUGCAAACCUGGACACACAUUGCUUUGGGAUUUAGUUCAAGAUAACAUGGCUGUAAGUUGGGAUCCAAUGCCCUUAAAGACCUAUGUACUUUGGAUUUGUUAGAGCAGGGUUGGCCAACCAGCAAUUUGCAGCCCGCCCCGUCACUCAAAAUACUGUAACCAGAGGAUGCUUAAUUUGUCACAUAUAAACUUAUUUGUUCUUUAUUGAAUUGAGUUUUAUUCUGUUUUGUUGUGUGUUAAGAUAAACAUUAACAAUAGAUAAACAUUUCAAUUCAUUUAGUGGGGUUUUAUUUUAAUGUAAGGUGAAAUGACACGCAGCCCGUGAACUGUUUACUUGCUAUCAAAGUGGCUUGCGAAGCCUUAUCGGAUGACCACCCCUGGUUUAGAGCUACUGAUCAAUUAUUAAAAAUUUUAUACAUUUUUACUGUUGGAUAAUUAACUUAUUCCUGUCAGUAUUGCUACUUAAUUUAUAUUUUUGAAGUAGGUUUAAUAAAAAUAUAUCAUUAACAGUGAACAAAUAAUGAGCAAUGACCAAAAAUUUGAUUUUUGGAACCUCGGAAUAACGCAUACUAAUUGUAGACACAUCCCACGAAAGCAUAUAUGGAUUGAAAGUGAAACAAGAUAAAAACUUCAGUUUUAAAAAUAAAAAUCAAGCAGAAUCACGCCAUCACCGGAAGUCUUGAUUCAACAUUGUUUGCUAUUUUAAAAUAAAAAUGUGAGAGUUGUGUUGAUCCGUGCGGGGGUGCAUUUUGAUGCAUCCAUCGGAACGCCCCAGGACAUAUUUAGUUGCAAACAUCGGGAAUAAGUUAAUUGUAUUUUGUCUUUAAUAUUAUUAAAGAAUCUUAAUUUUUUAGCAUCUAGAUUUUGUCUUGAAUAAUUAAGACAAAAAUAGCUUUAUAAUUUUCUAAAAGGUGUAUGUAAGUAUAAAAAUUAUCAAACCCUUUAUAUUUUUAGAUUCAACUGCCAGAGGGUAUUGCAACUGAGGCAGAAAAAGUUUUAACAAACUUAUUGUGCUGUUCUAAUGACCGACAAAUCAGAACAAAAUUCAUUGAGGCAAUUAUAGAUAACCUUGCCAAAAACAAGUAAGACCCUUUUUCAGAAUAAAUGGAUUUUUGUUAAGUAAAAUAUUGAUUUAUUGAAUUUUAUAAUCCGUUUUAUAGGCUUGAAGUAAUUAUAUUUUCCAUAUAAAUCCUUCUUUAUAAUAUAAUAUUCUUGGCUUGUGACAGAGGCAUAUUUAUGUCUCACUAAAAUACAUUUUUUAAUUUCUUUGGAUUCUUUCAGAUCAGUGGUAGUUGCCUUGCGUUUAUUGACGAAGUUAUUCAGUUCUUUUAACAGCAUGAGACCAAUGGGAGGCUCAUAUAAAAUUGUUCUGUAAGUAUUAGGUCAAAUAAUACUAUUUGUUGUUUUUUUGUGUUUUUUUUAACACCAAUACACAUAUUACCAUCUUUUUUGUUGAUUUUAAAUAAAAAUUUUCAAUGUUUCAGAUGGGCGGAAAAAACUCUAGACAUGAUGACACAUUUCUUUAAUAACUUGGUUCACUUUAGUGAACAGGCAAAAGAAAGAACAACCUGGACAUCUCUGUAAGUAUAACUUACCAACCGGUCCAUCCUUAUGGCAGACCCUGCCACUAAAUAGAUUUUAAAAAAAAACUCAUCUUUUUUCUUUCCAGAAGGUCUAGAGCCUUAGGGACAUGUUUGUUGGAAAAUCCCUCCCUGGUAUUUAAGUACAUAUAGUCACCAAAAAUUUCAAGCAUAGCCACUUAAACACAUGUCCAUCUGUGAUUGAAGUUGAUAAGACCACUUUCCUUCUGGGAAUAAUGGUUUUACUUGCACAUUUUAUUAUUAUUAGUAGUGGUUUUGUGUAGCGUGAUACCCCAGCCUAAGGUAUAUAAUAAACGCUCCUUCUACUUCCAUGGGCCCACGUUCUGGAACCAGCUCCCCUUCCAUAUCCGUCAUUGUGAAACCUCGUCCAUUUUCAAAAAGUCCCUUAAAACCCAUCUGUUUAGGUCCGCCUAUGACCUGUGAUGCACCCUCCUUGCCCUGCCUCAUUUUCUGUUUCGGGUUGAUCCUGAAGUAUAGGCCAAAACGUGUCAAAGUGUCCUCGUUUUAUAGCCAUUUUCAUUGUUUCUAUAGUAUAGUAGUUACUAUCCUAGUGUCUCAUUUUUAUUUUACUUAGUUUACAUGUUUUUAAUAAUUGUAAAGCGCUUAGAGCUUUAUGGUAAGCGCUAUAUAAAAAUGCCUAAAUAAAUAAAUAAACAAAUAAAAUCAUAGGUAUGGGAGACCCAGUCGUCGACUUCAAGACUGUUUUAGAAAACACCUUUACAACAUCUAAAAAUUUCAAUAGAGCUAAUUGUAAAGGAAUAUUAGAUGUUGCAGUUACUGGUAUAUUUUAUGCGAGUAAUCAAUAAUAUACCUGAUAGAAUUUAUAUGGGGAAAAAAUUAAUUAAACGAUUUGGUACUUUGACUCCAUACGAAUAAACCAAAGUCAAAAUUUUACAUAAAAUAUUACAUAGCUGCAAUGUCUUUUUCCUGUUUAGUUUUGUAUUGUACGUCCACCAACUUUCUUUCUAUUCUUCUGAUCUUUGUUUUCAGUUAGGGAUUUGUGCCCAUUCUUAUUCUUUUUUUUUUUUUUCAUUUUUAGGCAUGGGUAGAAUAUACAUAUUAUGUAAAUUUAAUAUUAAUAUAUAAUUAUUUUAAUGUAUUAUAGUUGUACUGAUGAAGGAAUUUGUCAAAGCGUUUGAAUUUGUAUUUUGCCUAAUCAUAAGUUAUAUAGUAUUUCAUUUACAGAAAUAUUAUGUGUCUCAUUUAUCGAAUUAUAAAUUUAUAUGCAAUCAUAAAUCUCAAUAGAAAUGUUUUUCUUAUAAUUUCUUGUUCAUGUUUGUUAUGCAUUUUAAUUAUUGUGUAGUUUCUUUUCCAAUUUUUUUAGUAUUGAUUCAUUUCAAAUAAUUUCAGCCAUGGAUUUAAAGAAGAAGUCUCAGCCCGCCUGGUAUUUCUUUCCUGUGUAUUUUCUUGUCAGUACUCUCCUGAGACAUUUAGUAAGUUUCAUAUGUAAUUUUGUUUGUAUUGUGUCCUAAUAUUUAAUGUAACUUAUUGUAUACUUUGUGGUUGAAAGUACUGGUAAGUUUUAUUGGGUUUUCUAUUUAAGAUGCUUUUUAAACAAAAUUCACUAUUAGGUUUUGUAUAAAAAUGUUUGUCUGCAUUUAAAUUAAGGCACUAUCUGAUGGUUUACAGACAAAUACAUGCUGUUUGCUUUUUCUCCCUUAAUUUUUCAGCAUUCCCUAAUAUUACAUUUUUAAAUGUUCAUAAUCUAUCUCUUAAAUUGAUUGGAGUUUCACCCAAGCUGUUUAAGUAAUUUCCUAACAAUGUUAACAUUGGUAUAGAUGUUAUAAUGUAAACAUUUUUACACAAUGAAAACUCCCUUAAUUUGUAGGUAAUAUGGAAUGAAUUGAUAAAUGUUGACUUCAAAAUAUGAUUUGGUAUGAGAUAGUUGUUAAAAGUUGACUAAAAAUUGUUACAAUGUAGAUAAAAUAGGACUGUUAAAUUAUCGAAAAAUUAUAACAGUUGAAGCUGGAUGGGACUUUCUUAGUUAGGACAUGGAUAUAUGAUAACCUUAUUAGAACAUUUUUUAAUAUUUUUUAAUGAAAAAAUGAUUUUAUACUGUAUGACCCAAUUAGUACAACAAAGAAUAAUUUAUAUUUAUAUCCAUACAUAUUUUACUAUCACUGAUUAAAUAAACCAAGGGGGGGUAAUUUUUUCCCUUCUUACAUUUAUGAAAAAUAUUCAUUUUUAAAUCAAAUUUAAUGUAUAAAAGUUGAUUUUGUUAAUUAAAAUAUACUUUAAACAGACUUUAACUAAUCCAGUGUAUUAAAUUAGUUUUUUUAUUUUACCAAUACUUAAUAAAAGGACUUAAAUGUUUGACAUAUUAUAAUGCCUAAAACCAUUCAAUUCUUAUAGUUCUUUCUUGUAUGCUAUAUAUUGAAACGGUUUGCAGGUGUUUAUGAGGUCCGCUGGUUGUUGUAACCUUGAGCAAAUAAUUUGUCAUUCAUGAAACUUCUAGAACUUAUUUGACUUCAACCGACCUUGACCUCUUUUUCUUAACUUUUACAGUAGUUAAUUACAUUUCUGUAAAACAUUAUACUUUUGCUACAUUGCAAGUAAACAAACAUUUUUUUAAGACUCACUAAUGGACCUAAUUUUUGUUGUUGAUCAAAUCUAUAUUUCAGCACAAUCUUUGUCUGCCUAAUACAUUUUUCAGAAUAUUUAAAUUAUUGUCUACUGUAUAUGUGUAUAACUCUUUCCCUGCUGAAUUUCUUUUCAUAAAAAGGAUGUUCUUUGGUUUAUAAGACUAAACUUGGUAUCAAAUGAAAGAUAAUUGAAAGGGCUAUAUGUUUGUAAGCGUAUUUCUUCAGUUUAAAUAAAUUAAGUUACAGGAAAAACCAUAAAAUGUGAAAACAUUUUAUGCUAAACCAUUUUUUCCCCAAACCCUAUGAUGUACGCAUACCUCAACUUCACUUUUAUAACUCAAAUCCUCUAAAACUACUAAUAUCGGAAUCAUGCGAUGAAUCUAAAUAUAAAUCAUCUUCACUAUCAAAAGAAAUAGCAUAAAACAGUUCCAAAGCUUUUUGAGCUGUUAAUCAUCUAGGAAACUUAUUCAUCUACUAGGGGCUAGAGUAGCCAUAGCAACAGAAAAAAAAAAAAGCGAAGAAAUUCAUUAAAAUAAUGCUUCAAAUGACAACAAAUAAACCUUGGUUUCACUUAUUAACAAUGAAGUACCACUCUUCUAUGUACAAGUCUAAUUUAAAAAUAGCAAAGAAACAAACAUAACAUUGAAACAAUGACAUCGCGUUGGCCCGUGCUAUUGAGAACGGGGGAUAAACGCAGUGUGCGUUGUUCCGCAUCGAAAGAGUUAAACUUAUUUUUGAUAGACAAUAUAUAUUUUAAAAAAACUUUAAAAUGUUUAUUUUAAAAUAUAAUUAGGACUGAGUCAAGAACAAGCUGACCAACUUUGGGAGUGCCUUGCCACCAACCCUGAGAGUUGUGAAGACUGUCUCAGCUGGUUUUAUGACCAGGCCAGGGUCAAAGAGAACCAUGCCCUUGACCUGGAUACAUUGAAACAUAUAUUUAUUGUCAAGGUAACAUUUUUCCCAUUAAUAAUCACAAAGUAUGGCUUUAUUUCUCCAAUUUUAUAUAUAUUUCAUAUAUAUACAUCAAAAGUUCAUAUUUGUUUCUAACUUAAGAUGUUAUUAAUGAACUUCUGUAACCAGGUUUAAAUUUAACUUAUUUAAAAAAAUUGCUUUAGCUUUUAAAACAAAAGACCAAAAAUUAUCACAUAAAAUUCAAAGGUUCUUUCAUUUGGAAACAAUUUUGUCUUUGUAAUUUAAAUGAGUGAAAGUAAACAAUAAAAUUGAUUUUAAUUUUUUAAAAUUUCAUUGUAAUACAGAACAGCUACUUCUUGAUUAAGCUUCAUAACCAAUACACAGCACAUGAGAUGAUUAUAUUUUGUAAAUUAGUAAAGAAAAAUUUGUGACCUAAAAGAACCACAGCCUAACGCAAAGAACAAUGUUUUUAUGAGAUUAAUGAGACUCUUUUGUGUAAAUAAAACAAUAAAGCUUAAGCUUUAUCAGUACACCAAUAAAACAUUCAUAAGUAUAAAUUAAAUUUACUUAAUAUAUAGGUCUAUAUAUAAAGACAUGUAUCCUACCCUAAAAUGAAAGAAAAGAAUAAGUAUGGGCACAAGAUCCUGACAAAAACAAAGCUCAGAAGAAAAGAAAGGAAGUGGGUGGAAGGGAAAAUUAAAAAACCCAACAGAAAAAGACCAUUGCAGCUUUUAAAAUUGUGAUAACCAAAAUGGAAUAUUAGACAAAGCAGCUACUGGUGUAAUGUACUUGCACCUGAUAAAAUUUAUAUGGAAAAUAAAUUAAUAACAAGAUUUGGUAUGUUGACUCCAUACAGUAAAAUUCAGUAUUUUACAUAGCCUUUCUUCAGAGCUUUGUUUUUGUCAGGGAUUUGGGCCCAUCUUUUAUUUUUGUUUUAUUUUUAGGUGAAUACACACACAUACACAUUAUAUUUAUAUAUAUAUAUAUGUAUUUAUAUAUAUAUACACACACACACAUUAUAUACAUUUUGUUUAUAUGAAGGUUUUUUUGUACAAGGCAUUUGUCGAAAUAUUUGUAUUCUGUGUAACCAUUAUUAAAGCUUAGCCUAUAUCGUUUUAUUAACACAAAUAUAUUUUAUUACAGAUGCUUGUUUUGUUAUCAUUAUAUAAAAAAAACUGAAUUUCCAAACCUUGUAUGUUAUUUACUCCAACAGAUGCCAAAAUUAAAGGCUGAAACCAUGGCCAUGAUAGGAUUAAAUCUGUUUCAACAACUGUCCAACAUCACCUGCAUGUCCAUGCAUGGCAAAUCUCUUAUCACAGAUGAACAGGUCAGUUAAAGAAGAAUUUCCAUUGAUUUUUUUAAAUAUUUUGUAUUUGAAAAUUCUUCUCACCCAAAAUCUUUGUCUUACAUUAAAAAAGAAAAAAAUAUCUUUGAUAGAUCUUUAUGAAAAAUAAAUAGUUUUUGUAGAGAGGAAUGAAUGAUGUUAUUGGCUUAAAAAUGUAACAUUUUUAUGUGAUGGAAAAGCAAGUUGGGUCGGUAGGGAUGAGUAAUGAAAAACAUGUGACACUUUGUAACAAUUUUGAACUACAACUUUUGUGUCUGUUGUCUACUAGAUAUUCAAUAAUUUUUUUUCUUUAAUAUAUAUAAAAUAUUUGACUAUCAGUUUAAAUCAGACCUGCACAACAAACGGCCAGCAAAGUAACGAAAUAUUCUUAUUCUUUUCUUAAUAGCUUUCGCCCCUGUCCUAUUAUCUUUUGGUCCGCACAAGCUUUUCAUAAAGUAUUACGGCCCGCACACGUUCUUCAUUAAGUAUUACAUUUUGAGUUGUGCAGGCCUGGUGAGGUUUAAUUUUAAAGACAAAUAUAUCUAUUUAUCAAAUACAAAUCUAUGGAAUAGUUUGCAUAUCACCUAAAACCUGUUCUUAAAAAAUGAGAUUGGGUUGAAGUGGAUGAUUUCUUGAUAGUUUAUAGUAAACUUAAUUCUAAAAUUUAAAAAAAAUUUAAAUUGCUUGUCCUCUGUAUCUGCAGGCCUGUGGUAUGGACCAGCUGUGGGAGAUUGCACUGAAAGCCAGCAACAAAGCUGUGUCCACUGAAGCUAUUCAUAUCUUGAACAAUUAUUACAUAAACUAUGGAGGUGGGACACUGGACAAGGAAGAAGAGUUUGUGCAGCGAUGCAUGAACAGUCUAAUGAAGACUAUGAACACCUUAAAAGAAGUAAGUUGGUUGAAUAUUCUUAUAAAGAAGUUUUCAACAAUGAUCUUUUUAUAAUAAUUGACAAUGCCUGUUUGUUAUGAAUUUAACUAAGUUUGUAUAAUCUCUUGAUGUGAAAUAUGAAUCAAAUAAAACUAAAGAAUUAUGCUUAAAAUUGUUACUUCAGGAUCCAGCCACAAAGCUGCCUAUAAUUCAGAGAGGCCUAUUCUUAUUCAAGCAUCACUUGGAUGCAUUUAGGCAGCGCUAUGCCUACCAUCUGCAUACCUGGCAGCUAGAGAAUGUAGGCAUUUCUAGUCACCUUCCAGCCAACAAACCACAGACCAUCAACAUAUACCUGCAGAACACUGACAUGUCUGAUAAGGUUAGAGAAUUUUUGAAAAGCAAUACACUGCUUACUUACUUAAUGCCAUGAUAUAAACUUUCUUGCUAAUUUAGGAAUGGAUCAUAUUUAAGAGUCAUUAUUUAAGACAGUUAACAUCCCAGAGAAGUAGUUGUUUCGUAAAGUAAGAAAAAAAAAGGAAAAACUUGAUGUAUUUUUUUUUAUAACUCUUGUAAUCUAUGUAUAUAUUUUAUUAAAAAAUUUGCAUUUAAAAAAAAAAUUAUGGAUAGAAAUAUUAAUUUUAUUUUUCCUUACUUAGGCUCAAAUAGAAAUGCACCCAAGCAAUCUGGUGUCAGAGCUGAGGGCAGAGGUCACACACUGGUGGGAAGAUCUUCAGAAACAACAACCAAAGCAAUCCACCUCGACAUCGAGCCCUGGCAUUAUGUCACCCUUGCUAGGUCACAUGCUUGGAGAAGGUCCACUAAGGAUGAUCAGCUCUGGGCAGGAGUUGUUUGUAGAUAUGGAUGAGAGGACUUUAGGGGACCUUCACAUGAGUGAUGGCCAGGUAUGUUCUUUGGUUUUGCCAGUUUUAAGUUAGAGCUGUUUGCCCUCCUAACUUCUUGUUUAUUUUACUACACACUUCAUAGAUGCCCACAAAUCCUUAGGCUAUAUUGCAUUGAGACAUUAGAAAUUUAAACUCUCUAAUUAUGCAAUUUCAAACAUAAAAUAAAACCAAAUUAAAAUGAACAUCAUCUUGUUUUAUCUUCAGCAUGUAUAUGUUUCCAUUGGUGCCAACAGACAACAAAGGAAGAGUGAUGGCUCAAUUCCUUCAUCUGGGCUCUCAGUGCCAGACCGGAAGAAAUUGCCUAUGAAUCUCUUGAUUGCAGAGCCACACUUUGACAACUUAUUUAAAUUAUUAGAACAACUUAGUGAUUUGAGUUCUCAGCUGGACAAUGUUUUGGUUUGUAGUCUUAUUCGGAACCUUUUUAAUGUAAACAGACUCUUAAGUUUAUAACUUAGAGGAUUUGUUAUGUUUUAUUACUAUGUUUUCACUACAGACUACUUUAUUUAAUGUUAUUAAAUUAAUUUCUAAUCUUAUGUUCCUUGGUAGAAUAAAUUGCAUAUCUGCCCACUUUGAGAAGUAACUAUACCCAUAGUCUCAAAAGUAUAUUAAAGUUUUGCCUCACUAAUGUUAAAUAGUAUUCAAUUUGUGACACUGUUUCUUCAGGAAAAAGAGAGAAAGGCAAGCCUACAAGCUGAAGCAAGGAGACUUUCACGUGACGUCUGGGAGCUACUGAUGAUGCUUCCAACCAAUGAAAGUCUUCUGAAUGGAUUCAUGAAAAUUUCUACUGACCAGGUAAAAAUACUUUGUGUUUUUCCUUUUAUUCAUUUAUUUAUUAGUAAAGAUAAAUUAGUAUAUGAAAAAGGGUCUGCUUUUGUGUAAUCUAAAAUAUGACAAAAAUCUAAAUGUAUUAAAAAAAAGUAUUAAGUUUUUAAAAUGUCUGGUCAGGUUGUGAGUCAAGAUGAGUGGAAUCAACUCCUUCCACCCAACAGUCCCCACAGACUCUACUACUCCCUGCAGACAGUGGAGUUUCUCGCCCAUGGUACAAAAUUAGGCCAAAAGCACAUAGUAUGUCUUGAUUUUACAACUUUUGCUAUUUAAUCUUAUGUAUCUUAAGGUUCUCCUAAUCUCAAGUUAGGAAUAAUGGCGUUGAAUUGUGACUCAAUAUUUUAUUCAAAUGCAUUCUUGUUUAGAGUAAAAUAUAUUUUAACGCUUCUUAUGUGGAGGUUCUAAUCUCAAGUCAUGUUUGUUGCUAAAGUAAAUCAUUGUUUCAAAGGUAAAUCUAUAACUGAUUUAUUUUUCAUAGAUGCGAUCUGGCAGCGGAGAUGCUUCUGAAGAUAAGAAAAAUUCUGGUGUUAGCAAAACUCAAUGGUGUAUCAAGGUAAGUUUUGUAUAGCUUAAAAAUGAUGUGUUAAAAUUAACACACCUCUUUUAAUGUGUUAUGUUAUUUAUUGAAUCAGUUAUAGUUCUUUCACAUGUCUACUUAUAUUUUGAUUACUUUUUUUAUCUAGUUUAUCUCCAAAGGAGGUUUGAGUCACAUGAUGGACAUAUUUAUGAAUGGAUCUCUUCAGUGUAAGGAAGGAAACAUUUGGAGUCAGGUAAAUGGAUAACCAGCAAAAUUAGUUAACAUUUGAGUAUAAUUUAAAUAGAAUUGCUAAAACAUUGAUUAUAAAAAAAGAUAAAUUGCAAUUAUAAAAAUUGCAACCCACAGCUUCCUUGUUUUGAAGAUGAAUUUGACACAAAUGUCUGAUUUAUUGCAGUGGAAUCAGGAAUGUCUGGGCUAUCUACUGCGGCUCAUCUCCCAGUUCUCUGUUGAUGAUCCAGCCCAAGAAGGUGAGGGGAGCCACAGCCCACGCAACAGAAGAGUCAUAAAUAAAAAAGGAAAUGCAUUUAUCAUCUCUACUAUAUCACAGGUUGGUUUCUUUGAAUUUCAACUUAGAAUUUAAUAAUUUUUAGGAGAAAUAACAAGUUUAUGUCCAGCAUUAUCUGUCAGACAAGUAACUAGUUAAAGUUGUGUAACAUCACUAACUUGGUAAAAGUAGUUGUUUCUAAUAUUUUUUAUAAUUGUAAUAAAUGUUUUUCCUCUUUAUUCAGUCUAUUUUAGAAAAACUGGAUGUACAGGCUGUAGUUAAAAUUCUUAUGCAAAUAUUAUAUGAUGCAGCAAUGCCAAUGUAAGUAUACAAAGUUGUUAAGUUGUUCUGUUUAGUCAAUCAAAAUUACAUAUUAACUUUUAACACCUUUAACAACAGUAGUAAAUUAUUGUUUCAGUAAUUUGUUAUCAUCUGACAAGUAACAUUUGGAACUUUUGAUAAAAUAAAAGAAUAACAAUUCUAUAAUUUCCUUUUAUCUGACUUAUCAUUAGGUUUCAAAUAUUAUCUUUAAUAUUUUACAUCCAGGGAUUCUAAUCAACUGUAUUGUGGAACUUGGGGAAGAAGAGAAGGUAAAAAAAAGAUAUUGCCUCUAUUUAGACUUUAUAAUAUUUAGCGGCCCUCUCAUGUAAUUAAUGCCAAUGGUCACCUAACAUAUAUCUGUAUUAAUUUGUACUGUAAUAGGAUGUAAAAAUAUCACAAAUGCCAUUCAAACUUUAAAAAGUUAAUUAUUUAUGUAAUAUUAUGGGCUGUAGUAUUUUGUCAAAAGAAACAAGAAAAUAAAAGUAAUUUACACUAAUCUUAAAGUGCAUACUAUAGAAAUCUCAUGUUUUCAGUUGUGCAAUAUGCCAUGUCAUUUCUGGUGUCACUGGCCUAUUCAUGUGACCAAGUAUUGGACUAUCUCUGUAAUGCCGACAACUUUCAUUCAUGGCUGAAACGACUUACACUUGAAGCUCCAGAGGUAAGAUGGUACAAACUAUCUUCUUUACCAUUUAUUAGGGGUGUCUUUUCUACGAGUUUUUUUGGAUAGAGUACCUGGAGAAAAAGUAUUUAUUUUUGCUAUGUAUUUCUAUCCUUUACCAUUCGUUGAUUUUUUAUCUGUUGAUUAAUAAUUUGUUUUUUGCCUAAAUAAUUGCCAUUCUUAUUGUGAAUUAAACAAUUUUUAAACUUUCUUUUUCAAGGCUCAUGUGCGCAAACAGUCAUGCCUUGGUUUGCAUCGCCUUUGUUUAGGCAAGACAAAGCAAGAGAAAAAAGGAACAGCAUUCUUAGCCCCUGUACUUGAACAGCUGCUCAGUUUCCUUUCAGAUACUGAACUCUUCAAGCCCAAGAAAUAUGAGGUACAUAAACAUUUUCUUAAGCUAUGUAGAAGCAAAAGUAGAAAUACAAGGAAACUCUACUUCAACAUAAACUUUGAGGAAUAUAUGGGGUUAAAUAAAGUUGACCAUUAAAUUUGAUGUAAUGUGUUUACUGUAAUUUAUUGAUUAUCUUAGCGGUUCUCAAGCUGUGGGUCGCCACCCCUUUGGAGGUCCCAUGACCUUUUCCCAGGGGUCUCUUAAGACCAUCUGAAAACAAAUAUGCUCUACAGUUAUAAAGUAGCAACUAAAAUAAUUUUGUGGCCCGGGGUUGCCAAAACACGAGGAACUGUAUUAAAGGGUCGCUGCAUUAGGAAGGUUGAAAACCACUGGGUUAGCUGGUAUAACCGUUGAUGAGGAAGUCAUCAAUGACAGUUAGUAUUUGUUGAAAGUAUAAGUUGAACGUCUAUUUAAAUUAUCGAUAUGUUUCAGAUGGACUUCACUCGGGAGGAGAAGGAGAUUUAUGGAGCUGGAUGCCAUGACUAUUUUCUCUUUAUCCCAAUGUGCCUUGAUGAACUGGACACUCAACAGGUACGAGUAUGCUGCCAGUUAAACAAAUUUUUCUUUAGUGUUUCCUGCUCUAGUGCUUAUGAAUGAUUGAAAUUGAACUUUUUUUGUUGUUAUUUAUAUUUAUAUUUUUAUCAAACAUUUCAUCUGUUUUAAUUUUCAGUUUACACAUUAAAAACAAAUGAUCCAUAUAAAUAAGGUAAUAUUUCUAACAAAAAGACCAUAUAUUCAUUAAAUUAAAGAAUAAUCCCAAAUAUGGAGUUUGUUUUUAAAUUUCACUUUCUCUAUAGACAAAUAUCAAUAUGGAUAUUCUGCUGAAGCAAGUGACAGAUGAUAUACUGAACAGACCUUAUUAUGAAACUUACAAGGGCUAUGAGGAGGAUGAGGGACUUAUUGGAUUGCUCAAUGUUGCUGCAGCAUUAUACAGACAUAACCCACCCUUCGUGCUGUCAGAGGAAAAUACGGUAAGUACCAACACCAUUGUUGUUCUUGGAAAUGAAAUAGUAGAAUAGUCAUAGUUACCUAUUGUACUCAUCCUCUCACUCCCAAAUCAUGCAAAGACUCACAACUUCUCAGACUACGGGGCCGCCGCCAGCUUGAUCAGAUGAAAUGAUGGACAUCUUCCGCUCCAGAUCUUAUCCUGAAACUGCUCUUGUCUCUGCACUCAGUCGUAUCAUCAGCACUAUCACAAGGAAAGAUGCUUUUAAACCUCGCAAAAACAAAAAAUGAAGAUCGAAACCAAACUCACACUAACCUACCACUCUCACAAUUUGACUGCCUAAAAAAAUAUUCAUAAAGAAUUGUAACAUACUUCUUGCUGACCCAACACUAACAGGGUAUUCUCAUCCCCUCCACUGAUUGUCUUCAGACGGGACAAGAAUCUAGGUGGCUUUCUAUUUCAUAGUCGCCUUUGAGCUGACCCGUCUUACGUUGGGACUAAUCCAUGCUCAAGAUACCAUUGUAGGACUUGUCCCUUUACACUCCAAACCAAAAUCAUUAGCCUCCCUAAAGUUACCUUUAUCAUUAAAGAGAGUUUCAGAUGCGUUAUUUGUUAUGUUAUAUGUGUGAUAGUGUGCUGUAGAUGCCACUCUAGUUACAUAGGUGAAACUGGGAGAAAUUUGGCAGAUAGGUUCACUGAACAUCUCCGGGAUAUUGAACAAGGUAAACUUUCCACAGUCUCUUCACACUUCAACAGAGGGCAACAUAAAGGUGCAUUAGAUGUAUCCAUUACAGCACUGAUUUACUGCACCAACACACCAAAUAGGGUUAAAAUGGAAAACAAAUUUAUUUAGCUUUUCGGCAUUCUAUCUCCAUACGGUAUUAAUCAAAUACUAUCCUACUCAUGUUUCUCAGUUUCCCUGUCUUUUUACUUUUUUCUCAUACCUUAGAUUUUAUGUAUCCCUUAAUAUUUUGGUCUGUUAAAAUUCUGGACCUUAUUUUUCAUAGUACCUAUAUUUAUAUACUUUCACUUCUUGUAAUCAUACGUCCGGCAACAACAAAGGAUAUCUCUAAAAAAAAUUUACUUUGCUCUGUUUCUUGAUGUAUUUCAUUUGUCUUGUUCACUGAAGAAGGCUCUAAGCCGAAAAUCUUAUUGUCCUGUCUUAUUGAUUCAAGCUUCAAGAUACCUUGCUCUAGUAUUUCAUUUACACAGCUUGAAUGCAGUCCUUCAAUUAUUAUUCUUGGAAAUGUUGAAGUUUUGAGUUUCUUGAAAUAAGACGUUUCUGAUAAUGACCUUGUUCAGUUUCUUUCAAUACAGCUAAGUUAGUUUCUUUCUUGUCUAGAAUUUUCUGGAUGCCCUCUUUGACUUCCUGUUUCUGGUGCCAAGUCCAAAAAGCCCUCAUUACCCAAAGUGUAAAAGUCAGAAGACGAGACAAGCUGCUUACGACUUAAUUGCUGAGAUGUGCAGUGGAAACAUGAGGAACUACUCCAUAGCGGUGGACAAAUUUAUGAAGCAGAACACCAGAGGUAAGUUUUCAAUGCGAAAUAAAGGUACCCAUUUAUUGCAGCUAAAUAUUUUAUAAAUAGUAUUGAGUUGGCGUAUUUCACCAUUACACAGGCUUUUUGAUUACAAUAAAUCUAUCAUAAAGUCAUUCCUGUAACAGUGUAUGGAAGGUUAAUUAAUUUACUUCAAGUAAGUUAAACAGCAACGUCAGUCUCAAUAAUUAAAUAAUUUCUAAUAUUUCUUCCCCAAUUUAACAGAGGCUCAUGCACCUUACCCAUGGGAUUACUGGCCACAGGAAGAUGGCAGAGCCAAGUGUGGCUUUGUUGGUCUGACCAAUUUGGGAGCCACAUGCUACAUGGCAACUGCUAUUCAACAGUUGUUUAUGAUUCCAAGGAUAAGGCAGUCCAUACUUCAAUUCCAGGUUUGAAUGAAUUCAAAUUACUAGAAUGGAAGUAAGAGCCUGUUAUUACAAUUAGUAUGUCCCUAACAAAUAUUAUUGAUAAAGAAACCUUAGCUUUAGUAGUCUAGAUUUAUCUUUUAAUUGCUUAUGUGUUUCAGGCUGAUGACUCUCGUCCACAUAUACAAAUGAUGAUGGAGUUGCAACGCAUGUUUGCAUACCUUCAGGCUAGUAAUGGGUUCUAUGUUGUUAUGCAGGGGUGGACAACUUACUGCCCACAGGUCAUAAUGACCUUCUUGAAACUGGAUUGUUUCCUAAAAUUUACACAUUUUGAAUGAUUAAUAAAUGUAUUUGACAAUCAAUAAUUACAAAUCGUCUAAUAAGAUAACAAUCAUCACAGCAAAUUUAAAAAUUAUUCCCUAGCUUAUUUUAAAAACUGAACUCUGAAUGAAUUGUCAAGAACUAUUAAAUUUCAAAAAAAAAAUUAAUUUCAAUGGGGCACUCUGCACAAAAAUGGUUGCCCAUCCUUUUUGUAAUGUAUGGCGUAGAAAGCAGAAUAAGGACAAGGUUUUUAAAAAAUAUAACAACUUUAUAUAAUAAAUUGAAAUACUUCUUAUAAAAGCAAGGUCAUAAAUUUGAAUGGAAAAACAAAAAGUAAACUGUAAUAUUUGUUGGCACUUUGGUGAAGUAAGGGAGACUACAAAACAUGUAGGUGAAAUGGUCGUGGGUGCAGGAAAAUUAAAGUUUUAAAAUAUUUUUUUGAUGAUAGUGCUAUGUCAUUCAUAAAAUAUUAUUUUGUCUCACUAUUGUGUUCUGUUUCCAUCCUUAUAUAUAUUCUCAGAGUUUCAUCCUUAAGAGAUUUCUCUGUGCAAACAUUAAACCAUUGGUCAGCGAAAGAUUUAAUUAAAUUAGUCAUGUGCAAAACUUAAAAAUUCAAAAUAAGUAGUCCCUCGCCAUUAUUUUUUGUUAUAGACAUUUAUAAAUAAUGUAUGGCUUAGAAUUGGUAAACAUAACAGCAAUUUAAUAUAUAUUUAAUUUACUGAUAAUGCAAAGUGUACAGCUAGGUAGGUUACAAUUUUAUUAUAAAUACAAAAUAUAAUUACGUUUUUUUAAAACGCAUUAAUCCUGGGAAAGAAAAAAAAAGGUAUAAAAUUAUUUUUAGAACAAGUGUCAUAGCGCAUGACACAAUCAGUGAAAUCUGAUCACAAAACAUGUGUGCCUUAUUACUUGCACUUUAAAAAUUCAUAGCUCAAAAAGUACUAAAGCCAGAAAGUUGAUUCUGGUUUCAUUUUUGUAUUGCAACUUUGCACUAUACAACUGUUAUUUAUUAGAAUUUUUAAAGAAUUUUUCAAUUUUUUUUACUUAAGCUAAGAGUCAGUUAGAUGGAGAAGGUAUUUGAGGAUAGAGCAGAUAAGAACUAAAACUAAGACCAUCGGUGAACGCUCCUUCUGCUUCCAUGGGCCCACGUUCUGGAACCAGCUCCCCUUCCAUAUACGUCAUAGUGAAACCUCGUCCAUUUUCAAAAAGUCCCUUAAAACUCAUCUGUUUAGGUCCGCCUAUGACCUGUGAUGCACCCUCCUUGCCCUACCUCAUUUUCUGUUUCGGGUUGAUCCUGAAGUGUCAAAGUGUCCUCGUUUUAUAGCCAUUUUCAUUGUUUCUAUAGAAUAGUAGUUACUAUCCUAGUGUCUCAUUUGUAUUUACUUAGUUUACAUGUUUUAAUAAUUGUAAAGCGCUUAGAGCUUUAUGAUAAGCGCUAUAUAAAAAUGCCUAAAUAAAUAAAUAAAUAAAUAAGUUUAUUGAGAAUGGUCAUUUUAUGUUACUUUAGGCUUCUAUUUCUUGUAGUCCAUAGAAAUGGAAGAGUGCAUUUAUUGUUAUGCUGAUUUCAAUCUUAAAAAAUGGAAAUGAUUUCAUGUUUUCAGGAAAGUGAGCGUCGGGCAUACAAUCCUAAGAGUUUCUGUAAAACAUACACCAUGGACAGAUGUCCUCUAAACACAGGAGAACAAAAAGACAUGCAGGAAUUUUUUACUGAUAUUAUUACUAAACUAGAGGAAACUUCCCUUGAUAUGGUUUGUUUCUCAUCACUUUUUAACCACAGCCUUAUUAGACUUAAAAUUGGUUCAAGUUUUGAACGAUAAGUUGAUUAAACAAAAUAAGUUAUAAAUGUAUUUUAAUUGAAUGUUCUAAUUUAGCUAAAUAUGGCUGGCCAAAUUUAUUCUAUUUGAAUAUUUCACUCAGAAAACUGUGAUAAAGGAGAUGUUUGGAGGAGAAACUACGAACAAUGUUGUGUCAUUGGUAAGUCCCUUUGAACCAUUCCCUAUUGUUGUUGGCAGUGCUGUUUUUGUUACCAAAAGCCACCACUGUUUUUCAGAUUUAAGUUGCAAAAGGAUAGUUAUUCAAUUUCAAAGCUUUCAAUCGUUCUCUAUUUAGAUGAAAUACAAAUGGAAUAAAUUCAAAAUGAGAUAUUGUGUUGCUAUUUUAUUUAGGAUUGCAACCAUGUGAGUCGGACAUUUGAGGAGUUCUACACUGUGCGCUGUGGUGUUGCCCAUAUGAAGGACCUUUAUGUGAGUGAUAUAUCAUAAUUUGUGAAGUUCUUCCUUAAGUUGCACUUGAUUGACCAUCUUUUAAUUAAUUAUUAAAGAUUUUAUAAAACAGAAAUAUUUUGUUUAUAUAUAUAUAUAUAUAUUAAAUAAAUUCUUGUUCAUGAUAAUUAAGAUAGUUGCUCAGUUUGCAUCAAGAACAAAAAAAUUUUCGUUAUAAAGUAAUGUUUAAAUGUGUAAAUUUAAGUGUUAUUAUUCAAAAGAAAUACACACAAAAAAACUAUUACGUAAUCCUUAUACCAGAAUGUUUGUUUGUUUUGUUAGGAAUCUUUGGAUGAAGUCACAGUGAAAGACAUGUUAGAAGGAGAUAAUAUGUAUACCUGCUCACACUGCCACAAGAAAGUCAGGGCAGAGAAAAGGUGCUCUUUCAUUUCUGUUAAUAUUUUAAUGACAUUUUUAAUUUGAAAGAAUUUUGAAAUGUCCAAGUAUGUCCAAGUAUCAAAAAAAAACCCUUGGUGGAUUAAAUAGAUGUUGCAGAGCUGACAUCAAAUUAUUUACUUAUUAUUUUUAAUAAUUUAAUUUGUUGAUGUCACAAAUGAGUAAAAAAAAAAAAUCAAAGAUAGGUUGAAAUUUUAAGAAUGGCUUAAGCAAUUUAAAGACUUUUUAAUGACAGCCUAAAAAUAGUUAAGUUGGCAUUUAAUCUUCGUUUUCAGGACCUGUUUCCGUAAGUUACCACAGAUCUUGUGUUUUAACACUCUCCGCUACUCCUUCAACAUGCUCACUAUGAUGAAAGAGAAAGUCAAUACACAUUUCUCAUUUCCUGAUACACUGGACAUGUCUCGUUACAUGGAGCACAAUCUCAUUGGGAAAGAUAAAAUCAAAGGUAGAGAUUUUAAUUCUGCCACUUUUAGGUCUAUAGAAUGUUGACACUUUUAAAUUAUCAACUCUGAAGCCUUUCAGAAGCACUGUCAUAUCCGGUAACAUUCACUAAAACAGUGACUUUUUCCAGUGUUUCUAUUUUAAUAUCAGACAUAAAAUGGUAAAUUGAGUGGCACCACAUAACUUAAAAUGUUUGAUUAAACUUGCUCCCCAUGACUUUGUCCUCAGAUGUGGAGGGAGAAGGAACAUCCCAGGAAGAUGAAUCAUUUGAGUACAAGCUGAUUGGUGUUACAGUCCAUGUGGGCAGUGCUGAGGGGGGACAUUACUACAAUCUUAUCAAAGAUACUCAGACCGACAAAUGGUACUACUUCAUUCGCAACUUAAAUUAAAAAAAUAAUGCAGUGCUUAUCGAAAAAAUUGUUUGAACAUAUUGCUUGCAUGCUUUUGUUAAAUUUGCAUCCAUUUACAGUCAAUGACAAAUAUAGUUUUGCCCUCUCUAAUUUUAUCAGCUAACACACUUGUAACAUUACUGACACCUUAUAGUGUGAUGUGAAAUGGCAUUUCUUCACCACUUUCCAGGUAUCACUUCAAUGAUGCUGAUGUAAAGCCAUUUGAUGCUAGUAACAUUCCCCAUGAAGCAUUUGGUGGAGAGAUGAAUGUGAGUUCAAAUAUUGAUCCUUUCAAUGCCCACAGCUUCUUAGGAGUUGAUAAAUUGUAUUUUUAAUUUUUAAAAUUUCUCAUUUAUUAUUGUCGUGAACUUUUCAGGGUAAGACUUACGACACUGUUUCUGAGAAAUAUCUGGAUUUCCCCAUUGAGAAGGUAUGAAUAAAAAUGUUAUUAAGAAAAGUUGUGCAAUAAUUUUCAACUUUAUAUCAGUAAUAUUAAAUUUCUGGUAAAAUUUUGUGUGCCGUAACUUCAUUCUAUACAUUUUUAUCAGUUUCAACAAAGAAAUAAUGGACACCCCAUCAUCAAAGGAAACUAAUCGCCAUUUAUAACAACAAAAUAAAUACCACAGAACAAAUUAUUACCACUCUCAUUACCCUCAUUAAUGUUUCAGACCAACAGUGCCUACAUGCUUUUCUACCAAAGAGUGUCACCAAGGCAACCUGAAGUGAAGGAGGACUACAACUUUGAGCUCAAUCCAGAUCUGGCUACUGUAAGCCAUCUUUUAUACUUGUUCAGCUACUGCAUUAAAAAAUUAAUACUUUUUAUUACUUUAAAAGAGUUUAAUUGAAAAAAAUUAGAACAAAGUACUUAAACUUGAUAUGUUGAACAAACCAUAGUUGUGUUAAAUAUAACUUAAAGUGUAAAAUGUUUUCAGUGGAUUUGGAAUGACAACACCCAAUUUCUCAAAGACCGAAGUAUUUUUGAUCGUAUGUACUUUGAGUAAGUACUUUUAACACCAUAAAAUUUAACAUGGCUUUAAGUAAUUAAUGUUGAAACUUUUAAAUCUACGGGCUAACCAUGCUGGCUAUUUUUUCAUGAUAUUUUGGGGCAUCUGGUUUAACAUCACAUAUUGAUGUGUGGUAAUUCCUGAGAACAUAUCCGCUUAUUUCAAGUGCAAAAAAUUAAUUAAACUCUCUUUUCAGUCACAUUUGGCAGAUGUGUUCCCAUAUACCUGGCACACUACACAUUGAUGACACAGAGAGAGCCAAUCAUAAAGCAGUGAUUUUAGCUUCUUGUUUCUUCCUGGAGUCUUUCAUUCAUGCAAAAGAAAAGGUGAGUAGUUUCCUUUAAGCAAAGAUUAUUCCUCUUAAAGAAAAAAACAUUCAGUGAUAUCCAAGUGAAAAGAAGAAAGGAUAUAUUUUUUCAAACCAGUUUUAUGGCAAUCAUGAAAAACUAUCAAGAUAUCUUUUCAAUGUUAGUUAAUGAUGAUCAAAUUCUUCUCAUUAGAAAUCCAUGCCCAACUGGAUUGACUACCUAAUGAAGAAAUUCAGCAGUUGUUUGGGACCAUGUGAGGUAAGCUUCGUAACAUUAUGUCAACAAUUGAAUAGCACAUGUAUAUGUAGUUCCCAAAGGUAUUUGUAGUGAGAGAGGCAAAUCAUUCGGGUAAGGUAUUUAAGACUAAAAAAAAUUUCUUUUACUUUUAAGAAAAUAUUUGUUUUUUAUAAUGCUGAUAGAAUCAACGAGCUCCAUCAAAGAUUGCCAUUUAACACUUUGGUUUCUUUCAGUGGCUGCUGGACCACAUGGCUGAAGAUGAUUGGUGGAUACAACACAUCUUGAUCAAGUGUCCCAACAAUAUGAUACGUCAGAUGUUUCAACGUCUCCUCAUCAUGAUGAUCACUCAGCUGUGCAAGGCAUCCAAUGAGUACAUUGCUCUAGGGUUGGUUGGCUCAUCUUUGGAUGCAGCAAUUUUACUCUUAAGUCUAUCAGUACUUUUCAUGGGCUGGGAAGCUUCUUAUCUACUUAAACUAUUUUUUAUUGCAUUGUUAUUUUGUCUCUUUUUAUGAUCAAAAGGAGCUAGUAUUUUAGUAAUUCUAUGUGUUAUAGUACUAAAAAACAGAUCAGAUGUUGAUAUAGUUAAUACAAUUUUGUUUGAGGAUAAAUAAAACUUAUUAUCAACUGGUUACAUUUCACGAACUAACUCAUUGCUUUCAUGAAUAUUAUAUUUCAUGUGAAUAAAUUUGAAAAAAAUUUGAUGUAAGUUAUUCUUCAAAAUUUAUAAAUUAACUAAAAGAAUUAACAGCUGACCUGACUUUUUAUUUAAUUCAUAUUACUAUUACCAAUUGCUUGCAUUAAAAAGUUAGAAUUUAAUAUUUCUCCCUAUCCCAGCAGUGAAAUGGACACAUCUGAAUUAUGUGGUCACAGUUGCCUGACCAGGUUCAUCACCAAGUUAUUGUCAAAUGUAAGUUAGAAAACCCUGAGUUAAUUUUGAUGGAGUACUUCAUAUACUUACCUUUAGACUUUGUAUGUAACCAUAGUUUCACUUAAUCUAUUGUUCUUUAAAGGCAAUGCAUUUUUUAAUGACACAAGUUUCAGUAACUACAAAUUUAUAUAGUUAAUUUAACAUGAAAAUAAUUUAUCCUAUAUAAAUAUCUUAAAUUUCAACAUUUGUAUGUUAUUCAAAUCUGGUGUAUUUUAUUUCUCUGUAGCUUGAGUGUGGUAUGCGCCCAACUAACAAAUAUCUAACCGAGUACUUCACAUUCCUCUUUGAGUUUGCCAAAUUACAAGACACAAAUGCAGACUUCCCAUCAGCCUCUUUCCUCAAUGCUAUCAACACCAUAAGUAUGGUGGUUAGAUUCUACAUGGGAAGUAAAUCAGCUCAGCCUGAUUAUGUAAGUUAUUACUUUCAAUUAAAUUGUGUGCUUUCAAUAUAAAAUAGAACUACUACUAUAAUUUGAUUAUUUAAUAGUUUACUUUUUAAAUGGAACCUAAUUUAAAUCUCAUCAGACAACAUAUUAUAUUGGGAAAAGCUUUUUGAUUUGAUUUCAACUGACUUUGUAAUUGUGUGGAAUUUAAAAAAAAAAUUUGCUCUACUUUAUUGCACUUUUUUUUUUCAAAGGUUGAAAUCCUUUCUGAUGAGGAGGAUGAUGAAGAAGUUCUUGUCAUGUCCCCUGAUGAAACCCGUCCAACAGCUCUGAACAAAAUGAUCUCAUUAAUUGCGUUCUUAGUGGAGACAUCGCACGAUGGCCACAUUUUACAGCUCAGUGAAUCAGAUAUGAGCUAUUUGAUUAGAGGAAGGGUAAGUAUUGUACAUUUGUAAUGAAUUCAUAUCUAUAGUAUUUUUGUUUUAAAUCUGUGGUCUGAAAAAAGGCUGAGUGAUCCUGUGAUACCUCAAAUGAGCUUGAUCUAAUCUAACACUUCAACUACAUGAGUUGAAGUAUGGGGGGAAACAUCCCUUCAGGCAAUGUUUGAUUUAGUGUGACUUUAAUUUUAUUCUUAAAACAUUGAGAUGGAACGAGAUAUGAGCAUUUUAUUAGGUGCAAAAGUAGUCACUUAAUCAAUUUUUUGUUUUUUAAAAAAAAUUUAGAGCGGUCUUUUUAAGUAUGUGAGGAGUUAUAUAUUGAAGCUAUAUAUAUAAUAGUCUGUUGUACUUAUAAAACUAUAUAACUUAUUUAUAUCACUGCAGACUCCCUCACCAAAUAUUAUUGAAGUAAUAAAAAUAUACUUAACUUCAGCAUUGCUUUAUCUGCAGGGUCAUCCAUUCUUGAUGUAUCAAGUUCGAGACAACAUCAACAUUGAGCAUACCUGUAACCUCAUAGUCAGCCUGUCUAUGUUUAAUGAGCCUCUUGCAGUUUCAGUAAGUCUGUAAAAAAAAUUGUCUCAUUAAAGUCUAUCGUAUUUCUUUUUACAGAUGUUUUUUUCGACCCAUUAUUUACAAAUUUGAUCUUGUCUGAAGCAGCAGUUUUUGCUCAUUGUUGGUAUUAUUCUCUACACAGAUUGUUUCAGCUAUUUUCAACAACAUAAAGAAAUUAGGCGAUGUAAGUAACAUUAAUUAUAAAAGUGUUUUAAUGCAUACAAAAUAUGUAGUAACAAUUUUCUUAGCUCAUCGGUAAAAACCAAUUUUAGAAGACUAAAUAUUUAUUAAAAAAUUGAUUAUCAAUAAAAACCAAUUUUAGAAGACUAAAAGGCAUAGAAGGUUCAUUGAAAUGGCAACAAUAAUAAAUCAUUAAAAAUCAUGGCAUAACUAUUUUAUGCAGCUGGCCAAGCCAUUUUUUGACCUACUGACCCAUCUGACUGAGUAUUCCGGUCGUAUGCCAGGCUACCCACCUUUCACACAGCUCAUUGUUUCCAGACUCUGGGAGGUAAGUUUCUAGAUUUGUCACAAAAUAAGGUGAUUAAUUUUUUUCAUUGUUUUCAGUUAUGAUGUGUGCAUACUACUUUACCGCAUUUAAAACCUACAACACUUGAGAUGACAAAAUAUCCAUUAAUCUAAAAUAAAUCUAAUUAUUUGUUUUAAUUUAAUAAACUCAUAUAAUAAAAAUGACUCUCUGUAGUUAGUGAGUUAUGGUACUUUAUUUCCCAGAUUUAUUUCAUGCAUUUGUACAUUAUUAAAAUUUGAAAUGUCCCUUUUUUUGUACAUGUUCAUUUGCAAAAUCAAUGAGCCACAACUGCCUCCAACUUGACCCAUUUUGUGGAUGCCCAGGGACAUUGUCUUUGAUGUUUACCUUAGGUAGCCAAUCAAAGUAUGGAAUUAUUCACAUUUUUCUGCAGCUUACUAAAGUGACACCCAGACAGUGCUUAGAAUGGUUGACCCAUAAGGUUACUCACAACCGUCUGGCCAGGCAGUGGACUUUGGACUGUAUGGAUGGUUGGGUGGAAGUCUACAUGGUUGCCUACAAUAGUAAUCUUGUCAGAAUGGGUAAGUGGGAAAACUACAAGAUCUAUUAAUACAUUUCUUGUCAGUUUUGUACUGUGAGAAUUAAAAAAAUAAUUUCUUUUUAAACAAUUAUUUUUUUGGCUUCUUAUUUCCUCUAUAUAAUUGUGUACAAAACUAUUUUGAAAAUUGUAAAGCAUAAUUUUAUAUUUUCUUAUCAAUUUAUAUAACCAAUUUUUAGUCUAAUUGAUUUUUAAUAGAUUUAAAUUUUUUUAAAAAAGUUUCUUGUAAAAAUGUCAUUGCAAAUUAGAACUAAUUUCUUUUAUUUUCCUACAGCUAGUGCUCAACUUCUUGUAUCUCUUGUGCCAAAUGACUUAUUCAGGUCAACUUACAGGCCAAGAGUCAUCGCCACAUGCCCCAGCACGAUUAUAGUAAGUCACAUGACUUGGUCACAUGUACAUUCAUGUUAUUUAAAUUCAUAUACUAAGAAACAAUUAAAUUGGCUUCUAAUUCCAUUAAUGAAAUACAAAUAUGUAUAUAUUUAUGCAUGCUAAAUAUAAUGAAAAAAUGAAUUGUAUACUUCUGAUUAACAACUUGAUUCCUUUUUUUCAGUGGGGUAAAGAAGAUUUAGCUGUAAUGCAUAAGGUAAGUCAUUAGUUAAGUUUUUUCAAUAAGUCAUAGCAAAGUGGUUAAAUAUUGACUCGGUUAUACUAGUGGUUACUUUGAUAUUCUUUUCCAUAUUCCAUGAUUGAUAUAAACUUAAGUGAACUUUACUGACUAUCUAAUAUAUUAAAAUUCAAUGUAACUUUUUAUUUUUCAGAUCUAUCAGCACUUGCUUCUCUUGUUAAAAAGAGCUCACGUUCAUAUAGGUAAGCUUGGAUUUUUGGAUCAUUUUCACCAAGGUAAAGUUGUUUUUUUAGAUGGAUUAUUAGCCAUUAGAUAAGUCAGCAGUGAUCCACUGAUUCUAAGCAAACCAUUUUUGUGAUCAUGUAAGCUAAUGUGAAGAAAGAUUGUUGUGGAGUUUAAUUAACAUGAGUGAUUUUGUUUCUCUUCAGCUCCAUAUGACAGUAACCAAGCCAGCAUGGUGGGCCCUUCUCAUGCCAAACUCAUGUCACUCUUUUCUGUUCUCAACUAUUGCUUGUAUUCUAGGAGGGAGAAACUAAUGGUAGGUGAAAUUAUAUAGAUACAGUUUCUUCAAUUUGAUAAUUGUCUAGACUGCUGCUUGGGUGCCAUCCAUUAAUUAUGUAAAAAAAUAGGGGGAGUGUGGGAUUGGAAGAAGUUUGAGAGUUGUUUACGAUGGGGGAGGGUCAACUGAAAUUUAAACAUUUUUUUCUUUUAAAUAAUUAAACAUAUAAAGCAUUAAUUACCAUAAUUUGUUUUACUAAUUUUAACCCUAUACGGGGCAGAGGUACUUCCUCUUGCAUGUCCUAAACGGGCAUCACUUUUCCGUUUUUAGUAAGAUUUAGGGUGACUUUACAAAAAAAUCAAAUCUAAGGUGUUAGUCAACAAAUUUGUGUGGAAAUAAAAAGCAAAAUAAAGGAAAAUGAAUGCAGAUUUAUUAUUGUGCUCACAUUUUGCCAUUAAUCCUCCUCAUAUGAACACAAAUAUUUGCAAAAAUAACAUAUUGUUUGUGAUUGUGAGUCAUCUAUUCACUAUUGACAAACACUGCCACAAAAUCGAAGUUUGUCAAAUUCAACAUUCUUACUACACUGAUUUCACUAAUAUUACUAAUAAUAUUAAUAUCUAGUUCCAAUUUACAGUCAGUUCGUGCACUUAAAUGUCACUUAAAUUGAAUCCAGCGAAAUCUCCGCUAUCUCUUGAAUAUUAGGCAAAUAAUCGGCAAAAUCCAUUUCGAAAAUUUUUUUUUUUAAACCCCUAAAAAAAAAAAAAAAUCGAUUAAAUACUUGUAACUGGCGCCUGCUCUAUUUAGCUAUCGGAAAAACCGGAUGUAAACAAUAGGAAGUCUCCCAAAGCCUCGGAGGUCAUGAGAAAACAACACUAUGUCGUCACGGACGCUUUUGGGCGUUUUGCCCUUUAAGUGGUAAAGACAUUUUCGGCCGCUCUACCCCGUAAAGGGUUAAUGGCUAUAUUAGCACUGAUGAUGCAUAGAAAUGACCACCUGCUUCUAAAAAAGGAGAAAAAUGAUGUGGCCCAUUUGAGUGUUUGCCAAAUGAAAGAUAUAGAUUACAGCAAUUAUUGAACAAAGAGAAAAUGCUGAUAUUUUAAGUCCUGAAUGGUUGGACUAGACAAGUAUGAUGUCAGACAGUUCCAUAAUGAUAUUAAAGUAGAAAUUAUAAAAUCAAAUGCUAUGCUCUAUUGCGAAAAAGGAAAUGCAUAUGUUAUAAUAAAUACUACAUUCAAAGUUUUGAGACAAUGUAGGGUUCUAUGUAAUCGCUUUUAAUUUUUCAUAUUUAAGUCCAGUGUUUUAAAAAAAAAAAAUGCUUAAAUGAAGUCAGUACAAAUUGAAAGUGUGUUAUUUAGACAAUGUCUUUGUAUUUUAUGCUAGAAUAGUGACAUUUCUAAAUGUGAAUGUUUCAGUUUACUCCAUACUUUAUGGAUCUCUGGCAACUGUUCCAUCCCUUCAUGUUGGAGCCACAAGUCCCCCUCAACCACAACAAACAGGUCAUUUCAUGUUACUCAAUGUCCCUUGUAAACUAAUGGUUCAAUUGUUUUGGGCUUUACUUCAUUGAUCUGGCUUUUACUUUCUAAUAUCUCUUGCUCAUUAUUCUAUGCAUUAUUUAACCCUGUAACUGUUGAUCUGCCAUAAUACCCCUUUAUGUGCUGUCAAGGCUGAUAUAAUCAUCCACUAGCAAUAUCGUAAUUAAAAAUGGGAAUGAUUUAAUGUAUGUUGUUUAAGGGGAAAAUGACUCUCUAGAAAUGAAUUUUCUUCUUAUUUCUGUCUCUUCAUCUAUGUGUCAACAUGCUUUGAUCAGGGCUUGUUUUGAGAUUAAUCAGGAGGGAAAUUUGCUCAAUUUUUUUUAUUUGACUGCCAUUUUAUCUGAUGCUGGAGUGGGUCCCCCUUUAGAUAGCAAAAUCAACACAGACUAUCAUUAAUGGAAUUAUUUCAAAUGGAAUAAAAUGAAACAAUAAUUCCAGAGAUAUUCCACGUUCUAGUAAUGAUAGUAUAAGCUCUAGCAGUGAUGGCAACAUAUGAGUCAGCAAUUGACUAAGCUGACUAGAAUUUUUAAAGACAAAUUCUUGUGGGAAAUGGUGAAGAUUGAACUGAAAUGACAAAGAUUGGAUCCCAAAGACUGAACUGAAAUGACAAAGAUUGGAUGCCAAAGAUUGAACUGAAAUGACAAAGAUUGGAUCCCAAAGACUGAACUGAAAUGACAAAGAUUGGAACCCAAAGAUUGAACUGAAAUGACAAAGAUUGGAACCCAAAGACUGAACUGAGAUGACAAAGAUUGGAUCCCAAAGAUUGAACUGAAAUAACAAAGAUUGAACUGAAAUGACAAAGAUUGGAACCAAAAGAUUGAACUGAAAUGACAAAGAUUGGAUCCCAAAGAUUGAACUGAAAUGACAAAGAUUGGAACCCAAAGAUUGAACUGAAAUGACAAAGAUUGGAACCCAAAGAUUGAACUGAAAUGACAAAGAUUGGAUCCCAAAGAUUGAACUGAAAUGACAAAGAUUGGAACCCAAAGACUGAACUGAAAUGACAAAGAUUGGAUCCCAAAGAUUGAACUGAAAUAACAAAGAUUGAACUGAAAUGACAAAGAUUGGAACCAAAAGAUUGAACUGAAAUGACAAAGAUUGGAACCCAAAGAUUGAACUGAAAUGACAAAGAUUGGAUCCCAAAGAUUGAACUGAAAUGACAAAGAUUGGAUCCCAAAGAUUGAACUGAAAUGACAAAGAUUGGAUCCCAAAGAUUGAACUGAAAUGACAAAGAUUGGAUCCCAAAGAUUGAACUGAAAUGACAAAGAUUGGAUCCCAAAGACGGAACUGAAAUGACAAAGAUUGGAACCCAAAGACGGAACUGAAAUGACAAAGAUUGGAUCCCAAAGACUGAACUGAAAUGACAAAGAUUGGAUCCCAAAGAUUGAACUGAAAUGACAAAGAUUGGAUCCCAAAGACGGAACUGAAAUGACAAAGAUUGGAACCCAAAGACGGAACUGAAAUGACAAAGAUUGGAUCCCAAAGACUGAACUGAAAUGACAAAGAUUGGAUCCCAAAGACUGAACUGAAAUGACAAAGAUUGGAACCCAAAGACAAAGACCUUUAUGUCUGUGUAUCUUCUGAAGUAUUAAUUAUUUUUAAAAAUAGAUUGAAUAACUUCAAUUGAAAUGGAAUUUUGAAUUCAUUUCAUGCUUUCCCCCUUUUAUUAUGUUUAAAAUAAAUUUGAAGGUAUUCAAUGAAAAAAUUUAACAAAAUUACUUUUUUCAAAUUAAGUCCUACAACUUUCUGAAAGGAUAUUUCCUCAAGAAUCUAAAAAGCUGAUAUUAUAAUAAAUAAAACAAUUUUACUCACUCUGUAAAAGGUAUUUUCCAUAUCAACACACAUAAUAAAAAAAAUUUCAUACCAUAAGAUACCUUGUCUAAUGUACUUUCAGAAAAUGUAUACUUGUAAGGGUCUCUGAAUUCAAUUAGUAUGCAAUUUUGUCAUUUUUGACAAGCAUAUGAACAUGCUAAAAAAUGGCUUGAUGCCACAGCAAAAUGCACUUGACAGUUAGAGGGUUAAAAUCGAAGUACUUUGAAACAAAUAUAUGGAAUUUACAUUUAACAAGUCGUGAACUUCUUUGAAUUCAGAUUUCAUGUAUUUUAUUCUGCUUUCUCUCAAUCUGUUAUUCUGUAAAACUACAUUGUGCCUAUUUUGCCCACAGGCCCUAUUAAUGUUUUGGUAUAAUGUGAGCCAAGAUUGCCCAGAAAAUCUGCAGCAGAUGGUCUCUAACCCACAUGUGUGCAAGAACAUUGCUUUCAACUACAUCCUGUAAGGCUUUAGCAUUGGAAGUCAUAUCAUUAUUUGAUGUCCAUUGGACAAAUCAACCCUCUAAAAUGGCAUUUAUUGUACAUUAAAACAUUAUUUCAUGUGGUUACAGAAUAACAACACACAUUUAGUAAAGCUUAAUUUGACUCAUCACAGACAACCCUAACUUUUUUCAGAAAAAGAACAAUAACUAAACAUUGUAUUUUAUUUUAUUCCGUUUCCUAAAUGUGGCUAUAUCUUUAUCAUUUUUAUUUUAGGGCUGAUCAUGAUGAUGAACAAAACAUUUUAUUUAAUCGAGGCAUGUUGCCAGCCUAUUAUGGUCUGUUGAGGAUGGCCUGCGAAUAUUCAAAUCAGUUUAUGAGGUCUCUGGCUAACCACCAAAAUUUGCAGUGGGCUUUCAAAAAUAUACUACCAUAUCCACAUCAAUAUGUACAGGUAAGUGCUGUGAUCCAAAACUUCUGUGGAAAGCAUGUUAUCUUUGAGCAAAGUAUUGAGAAGAUUUUAUCAUUAAACAAAGUAUUAUAUUAUGUCAUCUCUGUUGAUCACAUUAGUGAUUAUGGUAUAAUCAGGAUGUUAACUCCUGUAGGCAACUGAAGAGCUAAUGUGCAUGAUGAAGAUGAUGGCAGAGAGGAAAAGAGAGCAUUCCACUGAGGAGGCAGCAGCUGUUGAGACUUUCCGCAAAAAUACAUUAAUGAUGUGCACACAAGGACUGGACCCCAGGGUCAUGUGGCAGACACUUUGCUCGUAUGUCAAUUAAAUUAUUUUAUAUCUGGAUUGUUGCCAAUGUGUUAGUUGGGGCCAUAAAGAGCCAGUGUAUGGAUUAGUAUUAGUGCAUGGAUUGUGAUUUAGUGAAAGGGAAUUUGAUAAAUGCACCACCCAUGGUUUCAAAUGAAUUCCAUUCAUGUAAUUUUAUAUGUCUUGGGAUAAACUUUGUUAGUAGAGGAUUUUUAUGCUAUGUUCUAAAAUCUCAGUGUCUGUUUAUUUCUGUGAUAUGUUGUUAGGGGAUCCAUUUCUUUUUAUCAUAUUCCUUCUGUGCCUUACACAUCUUUAAUCUAUUUUAAUAUCCAAUAACUUUAUUCUCCAACUUUUUUUUUCUUCAGAAUUUUCCAAAUUCUUGUAGUCACUCCAGAGGAUUACAUGAAUUUGUUGUUUCAAAAUGGCCUCUCAGUACUCAGUCAGGUACAAUCAUUCAUGUGUUUUUGGUAAUAGUUUUAUGAAUCUUAUUUAUGACUUUGGUUUCAUUAGAUAUUGUGCUGGCCUGAGGGGGGUCCUAUCAGGAUAUGUAAGAAUUGGAAUAUUUCCACAUAUUCUAUAUUUUCCACAAGAAAUUUUUCCAAAUGCUGUUAAAAAUUUAUUUUGCCUGAAAUCUCAUUGGCUAUCUUACUUGACAUUUUUGACAGAAUGGUUUAAACAGGGUCUAAAAUUAUGAGGAAAUGAGUAUGAAAUUGUCUAAUUUAUUUUGUGUUUGAGUUUUUUUUUAAUAACAGAUAACACUCUAUUCUAUUGAUCUCAUCAAGAGUAAUAAACAUUUUCAUUGAUGAGAUAAAAGAUAAUAUUUAAAGGUCCCUUCUCUGUGCCUCUAACAAUAACAAUGAUGGAUUGUUUGAAAAUGUUCCAGUCAUUUGCCAUUAUCUACACAAUGUUCCAUGAAGCCACAGCCUGCCACAUGACUGGAGAUCUCAUAGAUGUGCUUCAACUCAUCAAUGCUCUCUUAGUGGCAGCCAAGGAUGGGGAGAGGAAAGGUACAACUUCUAGCUGCUACAUCACCAGGAUAAUAUGGUGUCUUGUCAUUCUUGGAAUCUUUUUAUUUUUACAACUUUGAUGAUAAAAUAGAAAACUAGAGGUCUAUACUUUUAUGGAACAAAUGAUAUCUAUAAAAACGUUUGUAUUUUAUUUCUCCCAGCUGAAAUACGCACUAUGGUCAUUCAAUGGAAGGAGAGGAAUGAUGUUGCCAAGAAACUUUUAACCUUGCUAAAUUCAUUUGUGCCAAAUAACCUCAGGAGCAUUGCAUUAGGUAAAAAUUGCUAUAUAAACUAAUUGAUUAAAUCCACCACCAGCCCACAAAUAGUUCCUAAAGAGUUUUAUUACUAUCAUUAUAAUAACUUUAAAAGAAAAAUCAACUUAAUGACCACGUUUUCUUUAUUUGGUUCUAACAGAAGUACUGCACAAAAUGGUUCUUGUUAUACAAAAGGACAUUACUCAGUUCCUGACAACCACUUUACUCAGUGCACACAGCACUUUCCAGAAUUCAAACUCUGCCAGUAAGUUGUUUUUUAAAUUUAAAUAUAUUUGUUGUUAUGGAUAUGUAAUAGGUUGUAUUCAUGAAGAAUACCAACGGAUCACAUGAUUUUUUCAAAUUUACUUUUAACCUUUUAACUCAUGUCAUUCAUAAAAGAACAAUUAGGUCAAGACAUACAUCUAUAUUAAUGAACCAUGAUGCUUCACAGUUUAAGUCAUGUGUCUUUGUUAAGCUAAAACAGCUCAAGUCAUAUUUUUCUAUGUUGUGUUACAAUUUCCUAUAAAUUGCAUGUAUUACUUAUGGAUCAUUGUGUCUUCUCCAGUGAGUGUCGGUCCCUUCUUUCCAACACGCUCUUAUCAAGGCUUGGCCAACAAGGCCAACGUAAGACCAUCCCGUCCACAGUUUCAGAUGUACUUGCACGCUGGUCAAGUAGAAGUCAGCAAGGUGAAUGCACACCUUUAUUUCUGAUUUAUUCUAAUUAGCUGGAAUAACAAAAAAUAAAACUGUUCCCUGAGUUAAAUAAGGAGAAUUUAAACCAAUCUAUAAUUUAGCUAAUAUAGCUGUAGUAGAAUAUCACAUUGCUGUGAGAUACAUUUCUUAUAUAUAUAUAUAUAUAAUCCACUCUUAGUUGACUGCACCCCCAUGGCAGAAUUUUGCUGACUUGGGCUUAAAGUCACAUUUAGCUACUUUUUAUUUGUUACACUGAAUUUUAGUAAGGUAUUGUAACCAUACACAUAUUAAAUUGAACAAAUGGUUCAUGAUUAGUUAUCUUAUCUUAACUUUUAAUUUUAACUUAUUUCAGGGCACUGAUGACGAUUAUGACAAAGCUCUGUGUAACUAUUAUGAACCUUAUCAUCGUCUCAUUGACAGGAUGUGCAGAAUGGCCAUUAAUCAUAAGAUACUCAAUGCUGAUCUCAUUAAUUUGUGUAUGUCUCAGCUAUAUGUACUUCAAUGUACUUUUUAAAAUUGUUAGAUUACCUGCAAAUUUCGUUUCAUUAAAAUUGUUUAGACUUAGUUCGGUAUCCAGACUUUUAGCAUGAAUUUACAAAUAUAUUAGUUCUUAGUCCUAAAAGAAUCUUUUUGUUUUAUCCAACAGAUGCUAUGGUUGCAUAUGAGGGUGUUCCUCUUCAUCUGCCAUAUUUUGCCAAAAUGUGGAAUGAAAUCAUUGAAACCUCUCAGGUAUGUUUCUGCAUAACCAAAUAAUUUGAUAUAUUUUGAGUUACUUUUAAAGAGAUUUCCUAUCAAUAAUUUUAAAAUGUUCAAAGCACCAGCACUACAUCCAUUUAAGUUUUAAAAAGUAAGUAAAGAAAAUUUUUUCUUCUAAAAUCAAUGUUUUCUUCUAAAAUCAAUGUUUCAACCCAAAAUAAAUAACUUCUCUUGGCUUUGUGAAUUGAAAUACACCUUGUAUUAUUUGUUCUGUCUAUAGACUGCAGAUCCAGAUCAUACACUUGUAAAUACCCUGUGCAAGUGCAAUUCUUUUAUUGACUACAUUGAAACAGUUUUGAUGGAUGAACGAAGAUCUCUCAAUAAUGACCACAUAUAUAUGUUCUUUCGCAACUUUUUUCCCAAGGCAAGUGUAACCAAGUAGCCAGAUUUUUGCAAUCUCACUGUUCAAAAUUUCUUAACAAAAUUUUCUUCUUUUUUUCUUUUUUAGUGGGAUUGUCCUAUAGAGUUACCAUAUUUUAAAAAAUGACUUUAACAUCUUGUAUUCUUUAAUUAUUUUACUGUGAACUUAAAACUAAGACAUUAUCCAACACAAGCUGAAAUACAGUGCAUGGCUAACAGUUUGAUUACUUACUCAGGUCCAUGAGCACAUCAUAGCCGAUGGAGGACAAAACAUUAUUAUUAACUUGGUGGCAUCGAUCAUGGCAGAGGCUGAUUCACUCAAGAAAAACCAAUCUGAGAAAGAUGUCAUGCCAGUGCUCAACAGACUUUUAGGGGUUAGUUACUUUUAAGAAAACCUCUCUUAUUUUUUGUUCAAUCACAAGCGGAAGUAAGAUUUUUUUUUUUUCAUUUCCAGAAUUUGUUUGCUAUAAUUUUAAAUUAUAACAAGUUAUUCAUUAUAAUUAAAAAAAUAUUUUUUGCAAUCAUAUUUUCAAAUAGAUACUAGUUUAAAAAAAAUAAAGUUUUAAUUUUAAUGGCAUUAUUGACUUUGUGUUUAGCCCGUGUUUCUUCAUUUAAAAUUAUUAUUUUUACUUAUGUCCCUUUGAUCUAUUCUAUUUUAUAUAAUUUUAAAUGAUUUUGUUUUUUUAAAAAGGAACUGAGAGCACUACAGCUCAUUCUCACCGUCCAUCCAGAACAGCAUCCAAGCGAGUUCCUCCCCAAGGCUAUCAAAUCAAUCAUUCGCCUCUGUCGCUCACAUCAACAGCAGCGUGCAGAUAUCUUAGCCGCAGCUCAGGCACGAGCAGAUGCCGAAACUGCUCGAAGAGAGCGGGAAGAGAGAAAAAGGAGAGAUGAAGCUGAGAAAAAGAAGCAGCAAGAAGAAGAGGGAAUGGAGGUGAGGAGUUUUGAUGAAGACAACACAAACUUGGUAACAAGGAGGAGAAAAUCAUCUAGUCCUCAUGCCCAUCCAAUCACAGGUAAGAAAAUGGCAUUUGUCAAUUUGGAUUUUUGACAAGUAUUUGUAAAGAUUAACACAAAUAAUAUAAGAGAUUUUUUAUAUUUAAUACUUUAGAAUUAAAAUUAUCGUUUGUUAUAUCUAUCUCUUGUACUGGUCAACCCUGAAUCCCUGUGACAUGGUGUCCAUUGUCCUCUGGGAUGGGAAGGUUUGUAAAAAAAAGAUCCACCCACCCCAUUCACUAAAGGCAAAGGAACACUUUCAGCAGCAUUUCCCCAUAAGGUUUAAUAUUGAAAAUGAUAAGUAAAAUAGAGUUGAUAUAAUGCUAAACUUUUGUAUUUAAAGUUAUACAAUUCUGAGUGUGUUCAUUUAUGUAAAGAAGGUUUAUUUUCAUGAGAGAGAGGAUCUUAAUUAAUUACCUCAGAUCAAAACUUUAUUUUCAUAAGUUACUGGUAAUUCUGUAGUCUCUUGCUAUUGAAAUAUUAAUUUUAAAAUAUGACUAAAAAAACUGAUUCUGAUUUUUAAAAUUUUUAAUGAUGUAAGUCUAGGUAAUUUUUAUCAAAGUAAUUUAUUUUGUUCUAAUAUAUUUUGGAGGAAGGGUAAAUAUUAUUUUUUUCAUACAGAAACAUAAACUAUUUAUGUUCCGGUAAUGAUUUUUAAGAGGGGAAAAUUUAUAUUUUUUUUGUGGCAUUUCUAUCUAUUUCUAUCAGAAUGGUUGCAUUAUUAAUCACAUCUAUCUCAUUUAAACCCAUUUGAGUAAAUGUAAUAAUUUAUCUUUAGGUGAACAAAUCAAGAAAAGGAGACCAAAUGGAAGUGAAGGAACAGAUGAUGAUGAUAAAGUUUGCUCCUCAUCCAACAAUAUAGCUCCACAGUCACUAACUGACAAAGUAUGUUUACCAACAGCAAAAGAGGGAACCCAAAAGGCAACAGAUGACAAAACAUCUGAAGCUGAUCCUAAAGAAAAAGGCAGCAAUGAACUUUUCAAAGAUGAGUCUCAAAGUGAAUCAAAAUCUGAUAUUUCUCUACCAUUGUCAUCACCGCCAUCACCCAAAAAUCUAGUCAAAACCACUGCCAAUAAAAGCAGCAGUUUGAUAGCCACAGGACGACCUGUCUCACCACAGCCGUGUACAUCAUCCUCUCUAGAACCAGAAGAUGGAUCUUGUAACAAAGAUCCCUCAGGUGAGUCCAGCUCACGAAGAGAAGCGGCAGUUCCCACUUUGGAAGUUACGUCCAGCUCGGAGAACCACACUGAGGAUUUGAAUCAACCAUCAACAAGCUCUGAGAAGUUACCAGGUGAUUCUGGUAGACCAGCUCAGUGCAGUUCAAGAAUACAACCUACUUACAGACAAAGUUUAGGUGCCCUGUCAGUCCACAGAACUGCCUCAAGUGAAGGUUUGGCCCCUUGCAUCAGAUCACAAGGAGCUGACAUCUAUGAAAAGGUUGUGAAAAGUGCAGAUGCUGUGAUGGUUCUUCUAAAUCAUCUCCAUCAAUGUAACUGAAUGGUUGAGACCAUUAUUUUAGAAACAUUUGUACACUCGUAUAAAAAGAACUGUUGUCCAGAUUCUUUAGUUUAUUUUAUUAUUUAUAUUGUAUGUUAUAUGUCGUAAUGCCUUGAUUUUAAUCUUAUUCAAAUGCUAAAAGGAAUUGUUUGAAAUGUUUCAUUUUAUUUGGCUGAAAUUUAAUUUUUACUGCCUCAUAAUUUAAUAUGCAUACAAAUUAUUUUAAUAUUUAGGAAAGUCUUUUCACAAUUCAUACAAAGCAAGAAAAUGAGAUAAAGAGAAUAAAAAUUCCUUAGUCUAGGCUGCAUUGAAAUUUAACAAUUGAAGUUAAAUAUUAUUGGUGUUAUUAACUAUACCGGUACACAUAGACAGUUUGGUAAUGUCAAAAGCAUUCAUGCACUUUAACCACUAAAUUGUAAUAUUUAGAAUUGGUCAUGUAGCAUGUGUUUGAUAGUUGUAAUUGGUGCCUUAUGUUUCAGUUUGAAUGUCAAUUUCAUUGUCAAAAGGCAUGUUUUCACAACUUACAAUUUGGUGUCAUGAUUGAUGGAAGAAUUUGUUCCCACUUAUUUAUAAAUGUUGUGACUAGAAAUGUAAGUUGUACUUUUCACUCUUGUCCCUAACCUUAUCAGCAUUCAUUGUCAUAUCAUAUUUUGCCAUGCAUUAACAGACAAGGGGGGAAAAUGAAGUUAUCCAUUUGAAAUUGGUGUUAAAUUAAAGGAGAAUGUACAUAUAUUCUGUAUAAAUGUAUAUAACGUUAUUUUAAUAAUUUUACUUUAAAAAAAUAGCAAGCAGUCACUAAACCUCGGGACCAUGAUCUCGUAAGACAUCCUAAUUGUGAAGAGAUUCAAAUCUCAAAUGAUGAGGUUGCACCAUACUUGUAAUAACACAAUGAUUGAUUCACAUUUAAACAGCACUGUUAUAAUUGAGAUAUCCAGCAGCAGAUGUGUGGACAUAAAAUGGGAACUUUCAUUAAUUUACAUGCAUUUAAUUUUUGUUUCUAUUUGGAUUAUAAGAUCUGUUCCCUGAUCCUUGAUGCAAGUUUAGAUUGUGAACAUUUUGUUCAAAUUAAUGCUGUUUAAUAAACUGAUUGAAUUUCUUUAUCUGUUAUAUAUUUUUAUUUUGAAUUUCUUUAUUUGUUAUAUAUAUUUCUCUAAAGUCUGUUUUAGCCAUAUAUUUUUCAUCAAAGUUCAUGGCACAAUUUCAGCAGAACAAAUUAGGAUUGGCC